AUGGCCGCCCUCGAACUCCUGCCUCUUCGUUAUGAUGGUGAGUUACUUUAUAUUUUAUAUUUGUUAUUAUUGAUGUGGUCUCAGUGGCAUUAAGUGUCUUACACUCUGCUCUAACAUGUUUGCAAUAAACUUUUUGUAGUGAAGUUGUAUGAGAUACAUGUCUCUGGUAAGUGUUUUAGCCAUGCUGUAUGUCAGUCAGCUCAGCUCCCUUAAAAGAGAAACUGCAGUAAGAGCCUGUGCGCAAGCUAAGCUGUAAAGAUAACUGCACCGUAUGGUUUAGUGGAACUGUAGUAAUAAUGUCUUUUUUCAUUUUUUUCUAUGACCCAUUUUGGAGUGAAUUAUUGGUCUUUGCGCUUUACAAAGGGAAUUACUAUAUAUGUAAAACAAAACACUAUAAAACAAAGACGGAUAUUUCAGCUUUGUUAUUUAUUGUAAAUUUUUAAAAGUUUUGUUCAUCCUCGUAUUUUUCAUGUUAAAUUUGUUUUCAGUUUGUGUGUCAUGCCCUUCAAUUAAAAUCAAUUAAAAAACGCAGAAACGUGGAGCUGCAGUUCCAAACUUCACCUCACUUUGCUUUGAUAGCCUCUCAGUCUGUGAGUCUGUGUGUGUCCAGCAGGGGGCAGCAGAGAGCAGAGCAGCAGAAACUGAUGAACAGGUGGUCUCUGACUCAGGCUGGAUUAUCAUCAUCAUCACCAUCAAAUAUCAGACACACACACACACACACACACACACACACACACACACACACACACACACACACACACACACACACACACACACUGGAGAAAGUGUAAACACACCAGGAUGAAGCAAUUUGUGUGAUUCACUUUAUCACCUCCAGUAAUAGUCGAGGCUCCUCUGACUCUCUGAAUGUGCAGAGCCUAUAAACCAAACCCCAUUUAAAAAAAUGACUAUUUUAAUAAGAGUUUUCUAUUCCUGUGUACAGACCUGACAAAUCAUGGAUAUUUUACAAAUCAGCCUCAUGUGUGUAAGGAUGCAGUGAUGACUCGUGUUGAGGACUUGUGUCAAAGCUCAGAAACAGGUGGAAGCUUUUAUCCAAAAACAAGACUCACCAUCACUCUCUGUGAUGUGGUGGAGCAGCAGACGGAGCCGCUCUCUUAGGGCCUCGAUGAUGUAACGACACAGUGUUUUGCUUCAGAGACAGACUGAAGAAUUACUGACCUGUGCAGUGAGAUGGAUUAAUGUAACAUUUAGGUGAUCCACUCAGCUGUAAUUUCACUUACUCUGAUAUCUCUGUGUAAUAAAUAAAACACCCUGAUGAGUCUAAGUGUCUGACUCAUCUAAAUGUCACUGAAUCAUUUAUAACAGCAGCGACCCUUAAAGCUUUAAAUGCUGUGCAGAGACACCAGUAGGCCUGUUAGCUCUGUUAGCUCUGUUAGUAUGGUUAGCUGCUGUGUCAGGACUGUGGGGCUAUUGUUGAGCUGCCCUGAGCUAAUUGAGUGGAAGUGAAGGGAGGUAAUUAAAGCUUCGGCUCAGCUGGAGGCCACAGAGCACAGAUGUCAACAGAGGAGAGGGAGGGAAAGUGAUUUAUGUUCCACUCAGGGUGAGAAAUCCACCUGCAGCCCAGCAGAGAGGCGGGAACAGAGAUCAGUCACAUAGGAAAUGAAUCUGACCUGAAGGAGGAGGGUUUGGAGGGGGUGAUCCUCCUCCUUCAGAUCCUCCUCUAGAACCUCCUUCUGACCCUCCUCCUAAGGGUGAUUUCAUCUUUUCAAUAUGUCUUCAUUCUUCUUUGAAUGUCUCUGCAGAUCUGAUUCAUAUGAGCUUUCCAGACCUGGGGGUAAUUUACACUAAACAGUGAAUGGAAUCAGGAUCUUUAGCUUUUAUCAAUAUUAACUGUUUUUAUAUUUUUAGUUUAGCUGACCAUAACAGCUGUGAGCUCAUAUUCCUUUGAGUGGGGGCAGGUUUGCUCCAUUGUUAUUGAUCCCCAAAGGGAAAUUCAAUAAAUGCAUCAAAUUAAUUUUUAUUGCUGAUGUUUAUUUUAAUCACCCGAUUUCAUGACUUUUAUUUCUACACACUGUUCCGUCUUUGUGGAUGAAGUUUAACUCAUUUAAUCCGUCAAACAUUUAUUCAUUGUCUUUUUUUGAUUUGCUCCCCCUCUUCUUAUUGCUUAAUCGGCUCAUCAUCUUGGUCUGGAAGAGUUUAGUCCUUGUGUUGCUGGGAUCAUAUGGGCUCCUAUGGCUUCAAAAUGUUCUCAUGAUUUCCAUAGAUUUUCCUACAAUAUCUAGAAAUAGCCUCAAUGGUGUCACCCAUGAAAGAUUGGCUUUUUUUGAAUGGGUGUGUACAUGGUUUCUGGUGCCUCUGCAGACUGCCUCUAAUGGACACUCAGGGAACUGCAGUUUUUAGUUCUCCCGCAUUAGCUUAAUUUCUCCUAACCAUAGGUUUCCUCUUGAUGUUUUUUUUUUUUUUUUUUGGUGUUUGAUGUUGUUCGGGUUCUUCUUUGUUGGUUCUUGGUGUUCUGGUUGGAUUACUAUUGGGCUCUUUUGUUGCUGGGUUCCUGUGCUUUGUUUUUAAGUUUGGUGUGGCUCACUUUACGGCACUGCAGCAUGAACACAAAAAUACUACAACUGUUAAACAUCUGAAUCAGCCCAAAGCGAAGUAGCUGAAUAUUUCUGCUGCUAACUUUUCCAGACAGAAUCCUGCAGGAUUUAAACAGGACUUAAACGGGGUUCAUAAAGAGUCUGCUAUUUGUUUGUUGUCGUAGUAAGGUCUGUCUAUACUCACACAGUCACUCACUUAUGUGUUUUCCUGAAUGUGACACCCUCUAACAGAUGUAUCUGGAUAAAGAUACGGAGUCUGACUCACUACAAACAGCUGACACACACUUUCACAGCCAAACAGCAGUUAUUCUUACAUCAUCAUUUCAUAAUUCAACAUGUUUGGAUCAGCAGCAGAGCCUUGGGCUGAGUUUGAGGAGUUUGAACUUGAUUUGGAAACAGCAGAGGUCAUUGUGCUGCUGUCAUUUCUGAACCAGACUCCAUUCAUACUGGAGGGCUGUGUUUGUGUUCUUGUAUUUGUUUGUGUGUCUGUUUGAGGGGUUAGUUGGUAUCUGGUGAUCUGUGUGACAUGACGGGGGUGCUGGUGUUGGAUCGUGGUCCUCCUCUCUCUGGGGAGCCUCUGCUCCUCACCUCCUCAGCAGACGGUCUGGCCCAGCACCUGCUCCUCUUGCUGGGGGAGGGGGCGUGAUGGGGGAGGAGGGGGGAAGGGUCUUUUGUGAGUGUGUGUAUGUGUGAUGGGGGAAGGAGUGUGUGUGAGGAGAUGAGGCGGUACAGACUGAAAUAGAGGGUGAUGAACUGAACAGACAAUAACAGCCAAAAAAGGCUUAGAUAUGCUGAUUACAAUAACGCUGCUGUUACCAUGGAGACCGUCGACAUAUCUCCGCCUGUGAUGCUCCCAGCCUCCUUAAUGCUCAUCUGAAUAUUUCUGUUUUUGAGAUACUCCUAAUCAUCUCAUGAUAUAUUUAUUUUUACAACUCGUCAGGGGCACCUGUACAGUCUGUUACAAAAAUGGGACUUUUCCCUUUGCCCUUAAAGAUAUCUUUGUUCUCUGAGCGAGGAAAAACAUCCUCUAACAGGCAGAAACCUCUAACAGAACCAGACUCCUUAGAGAACAGACAUCUGCUAAUACUUGAUGCAGGUCUAUGGAAAGUCUUAUGCUUAAAUCAGCAUAACCAAGAGUGAGUGCAAGCUUGAACCUGCUCUCACUGUGAAUUUUAUCAAAAAGGUGACGACCCGAGUGCCUAGUCAGGGGUUGCUGUUGGGUCCUUUUCCUGUUUUUUUCAGCCGGGUCAUGACAAAGUUAACUGAAGAUAGCUGGAAAUUAAAGACUUCACCUCCCAUACUGCUUUUUUACCCUGUCCCAAUAGCAUUGAAUUUGAGCGUACACUGGUGCUGGACCAUUAAUCAACUUUCAAUUACAGUUAUGACUCCCCAUGAUCAUAAAAACAUGAAUAUUUAAAUGACAUGAUUAUUGUGCUGCCUGCCCCGCUGUGCUCAUUUUGUCCUGUAAAGUAAAUGAAGCGCACCCUUCCCAUUUUCCUUCAUAGAGCGCAUACUUAGCCCAUCCUCUUAAGCUGUCAUAUAUUCUAGAGGUGAAAUCUGGCAUUAGAGUUUGUGAGUGUUAUUGCUAAAACUAAAUCAGAGGGGGGCUGGCACAGUGGUGUAGUGGUUAGCACUGUCGCCUCACAGCUAGAAGGUCUUGGGUUUGAAUCUGGUGAUGAACUGGUGACUUGUCCAGGGUCGGAGGAGUUUAGUGGGGCCAUUUUUACUGUCAUCAGCUAGUCGUCUUACUUUUACUAAUGGAUCCUAUAGCGCCUCCUACAGAGUGGAAGUUUGUGGACUUGUUAAAAAGUAAAGAAAGCUGCUUUAAUCAGUUGUUUUCAUUGGAUAAAACUGUUAUCAGAAUAAUAAAUAAUUAUGAGAAAUUGUCAGCUAAUGAUUUAUUGGACUUCUCACUGGGAGGAGAAUGGUUGCUGUGUGAAUUUGGAUGAUCUGCUCCUUGCUGUAUUUUUAAAACUUGGAUGGCCCUGGGUGUUUUUUAUAUUUCUUGUGCUCAGCUAAUAACAUCUUUAGUUUAGGGCUACACUCCAUAUAUGAAACAAAAUCAGUCCACCCAGAAUUGAAGUUUUUAUGUAUGAAACGCUGAACUAUUCCUUUAGAUAAAGCUCCUCCUCUGCAGUGUGUUUGGUGUCACUGUGUGUCUAUAAGCACAGACCUGCAGCUCCUGCAGCUGUAAACAUGUUUUAUAGUUGUUGAUUGUUGGAGCUCCUGAAUAAUCUCAGAGCGUGUUCGACAUGCUCUUAGAAUGAGGCCUAUACAGUGUUAUAUAACUGAACACAUGUGGAUUAUAAUCCUCCUCACAGCUGCCUGUGAAUAAAAGCUGGAAUAUGGUCUCUGAAUAAACAGAGAUGACUCCACUCUAACCGCUCUGCUCUGCUCCUGAUCAGCCUGUGUAAUAAUAACAGAUGUAUUGAUCUGGAUGGAGAGGAUGCUUGGUUACUGAUGGAGGUGCUCUGCUUCUACCAGUAGCUCUCUGAGCUCUGAUUGGUCCAGGCUGCAGCCUCCCUGCUCCUAUUGGCUGCCUCCACCAAUACACUCUCCUUAUUACAUACAGAGCUCCUCCCUCCUGUACAAAACAGAGGGAGUAAAAGGGUUGGUGAGCCCUGUGUGCUGUCUUACAGGCUGCGUGUGGUUGCUGCAGGUUUUGAGCUGCUGCACUUUUGAACCCUGAAAAGACUUCCUGGGUGUGAGAGAUAAAGUGAUUUUAGACAAGUCUUUUAAAACACAGAAAAUAACUAAGUCUGAGUGAGAAAUAUGUAGCAUGUGAGACCUCUUCAGGGGGUUUAAGGAUCAUUCACUCUGAUGAUAGUUCUGUAUUAUUCAUACACUCUCAUCUUUUGUCAUACUUUCUUCCUCUGUCAAAGUUUUUUUUCUUUACUUCUUUCUACACAUUUAUUCUGUUUAACUUCAGGGUCAAAGUCCAACAUGUGUGUGGGGAACACACUCAGGACGUAAGGUCAGUUUGAGUUUGAUGCAGGUGUAGAGGAGAAAACUGAUCCCCAGCUGUGUUAUAAACUAAUUUGGCAUGAUUUUAAGUCAGACUAACAUGUUUACAUUUAUUUCAGAAGUCCAGUUGUAAUCAAUAAUCCCAUAUUUUGUACAUGCCAGUGAGUUCCAGACUUGUAUUAAAGGUAACCUCCCUUUUAAUGCAUGAAUUAUUUAAAAUACAAGAUUUUUUUUACGUACUUUCCAAUAGUGUAGUUGUUUGAAUCGUUAAAUUUGCUGAAAAUUCAAUUAUCACACUGAUUCAGAACUCACAGCCAAAGUCCAGAAUGAACAUAAACAUGCAGCAGAUCUGAAAAAUGGGAAACUCAGAGAGAAAACAUCUGCACAAAAACAGUUAGAGCACAAAUCAUGUAAUGAUUUCAAUCUAAAGCAGACAAACCCAAAGAACAUAAGAACAAAAGUGUAAGACAAAAUAGUCCAAAACAACUGCAGCUCCAGAAAUUUCCAUAGUUGUUCUUGGGUAUACAGAUUUACACAGUGUAUGAACAUUGUCAGAGUGUUUCAUGUGAGUUUGCAGACUGACUCCCUCUGUCUGCACAGAGAUUUUUCUAAAUGUCUAAAAACUGAACAGUCAGUGGUGCACAGAUGUCAUGUAACUUAAACAACAUCUUUAAUUAAGAUAAUCACACUUAAUAUUACUUUUAUUUAAAACUGAUAAUUUUAACCUAGAAAUUUGUAAUUAAAUGUAGGAAAACAAUCUUGGAUGAAUAUCAAGUUAUUUUGUUGCUUUCCUGCGGUGGCCCCAAGGGUCAAAUUUGCAAACCAGAAAAAAAAAAAGACAAUUCACUGAAUGCCAAAAAAGUAAAAUUAAUACAAAAACUUCAUUAGAGGGUAUAAAGAUAUAUCAUGGAAAAAAGAAAAUAGUUUUACAUUUCGUAACAUUUUCACAGUUUUUAUAUUACAUUCAAUGUUUUUUUUUUUUGCGUUUUGUAAAAAGUUUGUGGUGUAGCAUUAAGUAUUUGAGUUUUUUAUAUUGUUUUAUUGAAUUGUUUUUUGUUUUACAUUUUCCAUGUGUUUUAGAGUUCAUUGGGAUUUUUUUUUUUUCACCUUUCAAAAAACUUUUUUUUUUUUUUGUAUUCUCUGUUAUAUUUGUGCAGUUGACCCUCAGGGCCACCAUCCUUUCCCCUCCAACUCCUCCCAGUAGCUGUUAUUGAACUGUUCCCUGAGCAGCAGCAGCAGAGUGUAGCUGAGGACAGAGAGCUCUCCCUGCCUCCUCCUCCUCUGUCUGCCUGUCAGACAGCACUGAGGGCACACCGCUCCGUGCACUAGCGUUUGCUCCUGGUACCUAAACACAUUGUUAAAGGCUCCUGAAGGCUUCUGCCGCUGCUGGUGGUGGUGUUACUUUGUUAGUCUGAUGAUCGCUGGGAGUAACCUGUGAGCUUUUCUUCAGGAUCAGAGUUUCUGCUGGAGGAUCUGGACUCAGCGGUGAGUGGAUCUCUCCGUCCGAACCGCUCGGAGGAUUUGUUGACAUUAUUUCACAUUCAGCGCCAUUUGCAGACAGGUACACCUACCGCCCCUUUAUUGUUCCCACCGAUUAACGCGAUGCUUUUAUUUGAAAACCCCGGGGAAGAAAUCAGACGGUGAAGUAGGAAUAAAGAGCCAAUAAAAAUGUUAAAAUUCAGGGUGGAAAAUGUAAGAAUAAAGCGGAGCUGAGGUGGAAUAAACGGGAUCAGAUGGUCUGCUCAGAUUCAUGUACACAGCGACGCUCCUGAUAUUUCAUAGUCAGCAUAAACGCGCUGAAACCAUCACAUUUAAUUUAAUAAAGAGAUUUUUCCCCUCCUUAUUAGUUUUCAUUAUCAUAGGAACCAUCUUCAUCCUCACCCUCUGCAGCCCCUCAGAUUCAGAGAUAGGGGCAGCAGCAGCUGCUGCUCCGGCUCUUCUGUUAUGUCUCUACAAGCCUAUAGAUUCAUCAUGGAGACUGUUGACGGAACCAUCAGCGGGAACAGAUCCAGGGUCAGUCUGUGAAAAACUGCGUUUUCAAGAACAAGUCAAUUUGGCCUUAAAAAGUGCAGGUCCACAAAAAGUAGUAAUAUUAUGAAAAGGCUGAUUAUUCCUGCUCUGUGAGGUGUCUAUAAAUAACCUCCACCUCCUUUAACAUGUUAAUAUUAUGAAAUACAAGCUGGAAUUCCAUGAAGGUUUCAUAAUUAAUAAUCAUAUUUUUCUUUUAAUGGAAUAAAAUAUUUGAGGCUUAAAUAAAGUAAACCGAUGAAUAAGAGCUCAUUAGACUUGUCAGGGUCCACAUCCUCCAAAUACUGAAAAACAGAUUUAGAAAAACAGGUUUAAUAAGAGCUGCACCGGGCUGUCAUCACUGUCUCCGGCUGGUGUUUGGGACUGUAUCCAGGGGAGGAGGCGUGUCAGGCGGUCAGCAGGUCUCAGACUCCUGGGGGGCCUUUCAGCACCCAACACCAGGUCCUAGGUAUAUCAGUUUCUGAGCAAACCUAAAAAGACAAAUCUCUCAUUUCUAAGUUUAACAUUCAGUCUGUUUGUGUUCAUGUAGAUGCAGAAGUGGGGUUAGGUUAGUGUUCACGAUGAGCUCUGAGUUUCAAACUCUUCAGGAUUGAAGCUUCAGAUGCUCUCCUGUGGUCUGAAAGUUUGGACUUUAUAUACUGUUUUUACACUCUGUCUGCAGCACUGUAAGAUUAGCUGUAAAUGUAAAGUGUAAAUGAUAAUUAAAACAUCCUAGCUGAACAGUUGGUGUGGUAACAGCAUGCAUACAGGGCUGGAUCUAAUACAUGUGGGGCUCUGGGUUAGCUCCACUUGCCACACCCUAAAAAAUUCUGUAAAUGACGUAACUGUGUAUAAAUUAUUUAUCAUUCAAAUAAAAAGAAGUUAAUGAAAUUUAGCUGAGACACGCUGCUACAGACACAACUAAAUACACUCCACCUGCGGUCGUUCUCAGUUUGACCUUUUAUUGUACCCUCUGACAAUCAGAGUUUCAGUUCCUGAUUAAACAAACAGUAAAAACCAUAUUUAAUGAGGAGGCUUUGAACGAACUCAACUGUUAUAAAAGACAAUUGUUAAAAAUCUGGAAACUCUGACAUGUUCAAACCAGUUUAUGAAGGUUCAGAUGAUGCAGGUGUUCCGUCAAAGUAUGCUCCUCUGCUUAAAAACAACUCCGGGUAACACCUUAAAAAAGGAACUUUUGCUAUAUGCUACCAGAUUACUUAGAUUUAAUGAAAUCAUUGUGCACUUCAGCCAUAACCUCUCCAGCCCUUGAUAAUGUGACAGAGAAAGAAUCUGUUAAACAGCUUUUUCAAGGAAACACUAAGUUUGUUUACAUGGUCUUCAAAACCGUGCUGAAACUGAACUUUAAAAACACAUGUAAACAUAUCAAUCUGACUGAAAUCGCUCCAAAUCCAACUUUUCACUGACUAACAGACCUAAAUAAUACUAUAAUAUAUAAUAAUAAUAAUAAUAAUAAUGAUGAUGAUGGCAACAGUAGAGGCAGAUCUUCUUUGUCCUGUAUUUAGCUCAAUCAGGACUCAGUGUUCUGAGCAUGCUCAGUGUUCACACACAGAAAGUCAAAUAGCAUGAACAUGUUAUUGAGUUGAAAACAAAACCUGGACAGAUGAAGAAAAAAGACGAAACUUUUGUAGAAACAAACAGCACAGAGCUGCGACAGUGAUGGAGUUUCCAUCAUUAAACGUCCAGUUAACCUCUUUCUAAUGUGUUUUGUUGAUUGAUUUGGUAUACAAGAGGUCAACCAAAAGAUGACCUGACAGUAACAAGCUGAAAGGAGACAUGUUGCCGUCUACUGUAGAGGAGGCAAACAUGCUUCUGACUGUAACUCAAAUUCACCGUGCAUGAAAACACUCUGAGAAGACUCCAGUCAACGUGUGAACCCACAAACCUGCUCAGAACUUUAAAAAGUCCAAAUAUAAUUAAAAUCCAAAGGCUUUUCUUAAUCACACAGGUGGACCUUCUGUAAAUAUGAGAAAGCCUCUAAUAUUAGCAGGUGCGGGUGUUCGUAGUUCUUACAGAUGUCCAGCAGGGGGGAGCUCGGCACUCAGAGGCGUUAGUGUUCCCUGUUUUCCUCCGUAAGAUGAACUCAAAGCUGUUUCUGUGUGACAGCCUCAGUAUGGAGGAGCUGAGUCAGCGUAAACAUGAUUCCUCAAAUCUAAAGUCUGAUAAGUGACAAGUUUAAGUCCUCCAGGAUCUCCACUGAGGUGUCCUCAUCUCUUUCCCCAAAAACUAACUAAUGAAAGGGCGACUGGACUUGCUUAAGGUUCUUGAAGGAGUUCCGCCUCAGUCUUCAAGAAACCUCAAACAAGUCCAGUUGACAAAGAAUUAGAUAACCAUGAGAACUUACACUGACAUCAAACUGAUUGGGAUAUUUCCACCAAGUAAAUGCUGUUCGCUCUGCUUUCUCACUCGAGCACCAUUUGGCUAGUUAUGCGUGCUCACUGACACACCUGUAGGUUUACCUGUCGCUGUUACGCCGCUACCUGCUGUGGAAGGAGGAGGGACAGAGAAACAAAUGCUUCAGGGAUUUUCUCAGUCAUGGAUUAUGUUUCUAAUAAUUUGAACGUUGGUUAUCUUUGUGACUCUCCCGCUCAGCUUUCUAUCUCUCUCUCUUUCCCUCUUUCUUCCUUUCUUUCUCUCUCUCUCUCUCUGUUUUUGCCGCUUUUCCUUCGUUUUCUUUAAAUAUCUGCAGCCUCGCUUUCAUCUGGGUCAGCCCGGCUCGCUCUCUCUGCUGGGAUCUUUCCAGAGCUCGUGCCAGCAGAGUGUGAGGCGCUGUUUGUGUGUGUGUGUGGGAGGGGUCUGACGGGUGGGGGCGGGGCUGGUUGUUUAGGCGUCCAGCGGUUGGAGAGACAUCCAACUUCCUGUCCAGCAGCAGCUUUAAUCCCACACAGGGAACGAUUAAUUUUAAAGCCGCUUUCAGACCUUAAGCUCACUUUCAGCACUGACUCACACACACAGAUACACACACACACACACUCACACACAGAUACAAGCCUGAGUGAGUUUUUAUUUUUAAGUGUUUCACUUUGAAAUUAAAACUAAACUCUGUGAAGAAAAUUUGUGGUCAGUCUCAGAGAUGGAGAAAGAAAGUGUCUGUGGUGCUUCUAUUAACAUGUCUGUUGAGUUUGUAGUGAUAUGUCUGUGUAAGGACCCCCAUCAGAUGUGGUCAGGGUUGAUUUAAGAAGGGCGCCUGCUGUUCACCACUCAGCAUCAGGGCUCAGAAAUGUGUGUUUCACAAGGAUUGGCCACCAGUAGCGAUUUUUUUGCUUUUCAGUAUUUUGUCUCCUCUUAUCGUUCUGCAGUUAUCAGAUAGUUGUCCAGUAGAGUCUGUCCAAAGAGAGGACUGAUAAAACAGGCCCUGCUGCUGCUGCUGCACGGCGUCUCCUCAUCAAGUAAAAACAGCCAAAGUUAAACUGUUAUCACUCAGAGAGAGUUUAUGUGCUCAGGCUGCUGAACACUGAAAAAUCUAAACUGCACUGGUUUAUAGAAGAAGGUGCUGCAGGUGCAAGAACUGCUGUUAGUGGACACAGGCCCUAAAUGUGAGGAUUUCAUGUUUUUUUUCCUCUUUAGCUGCUAAUAAGAUCAAUGAGGAAUUGGAAGACUUUGCUUUGACUUAAAUUUUGACAGGGUUUUCCACAAUUUCCAUCAUCAGAGGAAAUCUAAAUAGCAUGGUUUCAGCUUUAGAGUGUUUAGAUCAACGGUUUCACUGUUGAAGUAAAGAGGUGUUUCACUUAAACCCGACCCCAACACUGACACUGAGGCUGCUGUUAUGCUGCUAUGGAAAUGCCACAUAUACAAAGUCCAACUUCGCACCACGUAAAAAAACCCAACUCAUUUUUAAGGUGUGGCAACUUUAUUUUGCCGUGGCAGUGCACCACGAUCAAUUACAUGUAUGGAAAACUCUGAGCUUUGAGUGAGCAGCUCUUUUUUUGCAGCUCCUAAUGUGCAGCUCUAAGUUUGCAGCUCUUAUUGUGCAGCUUCAGAGAGCUCUAUGUUUGCAGCUCUCAGUUUGUAGCUCCAAGGUUUUUCCAGCUCUCUGUUUGCAGCUCAAAGUUUGCAGCUCUCUGUGUGCAGAUCCAGUUUUGUAGCUCCAACUGUGGAGCUCUAAGUUUGCAGCCCAGAGUUUGUAGCUCCGAGAGUGCAGCUCCAAGUAUGGGGCUCUCAUUCUACAGCUCUAAGAUUCCAGUUCCCUUUGUGCAACUUUAAGGGAUUCUCUCUAUCUCUACAUCUCCAGGUUUGCAGCUCUAACUUUGCAGCUCCAAGUGUGCAGGUCUUAUUCUACAGCUCUAAGUUUGCAGCUCUCAUCGUGUAGCUCUUUGUGUGCAGCUCUAUGUUUGCAGCUCCAAGUGUGCAGGUCUUGUUGUUCAGCUCUAAGUUUUCAUCUCUCUGUGUGCAGCCUGUGUGCUCAGUGAGGAAAGGUGUGAUAAUGUGCAAGAAGCAGAAACCUGAAACACACAAAACAAGUUCUUUGGUGGUACUUCUGUAACACCUUAGAACUUGUUAAUGAAGACUCUCACCUGCUCACACCUGCUUUUUCUGCAGGCAAAGCUCUAAACCGUCACUGUGGAGUGUGAGGAAAUGUCUCAGUACAAAGUUUAUGGAGCUUAACGUGCUGACAGUGAUUCUGUAACAGUGUUUCUGCAUCUUUAAUCUUGACUCUGGUGGCAUUAACUGAAUGUGGCAGAAAGCUUUGUUUGGUCCUUCAGCACAUAGAUGACUAAACUUAAUUUAAUGAGGAGGAGGAGGAAGAAGAGGAGGAGGUGUGUCUGUUUAUCUGUUCUGAAAAAGUUGCAGACUCGUGUGCUUUUUCUCCGACACCUGCCAUCUCAGACCUCACGCUGACUGAACAAACACUCAACAGAACGUACAGUAGUCUUUUCUGUGUGUGUGUGUGUGUGUGUGUGUGUGUGUGUGUGUCUGUAGUCUGCGUCACGCCCUCCUCGGUGCACCUGCAGCUGUGAUCUCACACCCUCUGUUCUGUGCUCCGUCAGCGUUUGUAUAUCUGUGCUCUCGCCGCAGGGAGAGAGUCAAGUGUUUUUCCCCAGGAGCUCUGAGCUGAUGAAACCCUGAAAAUAUCAAACAGUUCAAACAGAAACAGAGUUUUAUUCUGUUUGGACAGUUUUGUGGAGAAAACAUCUUCCUGAUACUGUAAAGAAGCAACAUCUAUAACUUUAUAUAAGUCAACCUCAAUGAGUAUGAGCCCCUCUCUGUUUCUCCUCUCACCCCUCUCACAUCUCUGCGUUUUAUGUGUUUCUGUCUAAAUUAGAAGUUUCACAGGAAUGGAAAUAACACGUGACUCAAAGCAAAACCUUCAGCUUUAGCUUAGAGUUGACUGAAUCACGAAUAACACCUUUUAGAAAGAGGUCAUCUCUGUUUUUUUUUCCCCUUGCGUCACCAAACAUCUCAAAGGAAGCACCUCGACACUCAGACACAUCAUCUACAGUCUGUUAACCCUCCAUUAUCAUUUUCAACUGAUGACCUGUAUGAUGCAUGUCUCAGGCCCAGUCUGUGUAUGGCUGAUGACAGAGCUUUUCAAAAAGAUCCUCUUAGGUGGAGAGUUUGUAAAAACUUGGUGCAGGUACAUCUGCUCUGCAAUCCUGUUUACAGGGAAGUCUGAUUCUUUUACAUCAUUGUAUUACACUGCAGGAUAGAUAAACCUAUAUAUAUUACAGCUCAUUAAUGCUCUUAAUUAAUAAAAACAACAACAACAAUUUAAAAAAAAUAACUUUUUUUUUUAUCAUCCUCAACUUUUCAGGAACAUCCAAACAGACUGUGAGGAGGUAAAGAGAUCACUUACAUGUUAUUUGUUCCAUCCAGAAUGCAUUAAACACAUUUACAGAUAAAACUUUAUAUUCAUAAUUUCCACCUUUUUAUAAUGUUUUUGUGUUUAAAACAGAGUCAAACACCUUAAUUCAGCUCAACUCCUGAUUCUCUCUGACUUUGACUCGAGUAAUGAUGACUUGGACUUGAAUUCAGACUCAGAUCUUGGAGAGGAGGACCGUGUUAUUUUCUCUCUAGGAGGCUCUAAUAAUCUGUCCGUCAGUUAUUGAACAGGUGUGUUUACCUGCAGCAUGUUUACCUGUCGUCUUCUCCAGAUGAAGUUCUGCCAUGUUGACCAAAUAGACGUCAGGAACAAAGAAAGAUUUUACCGUAUGAGUCACACCUUUGAAAGGUGAAAGAAUCAUCGGAGGAGAAACUGUGAUCUGGUCUGGACUUGGACGAGACUCUUCUUUAGUGACUGGAAUACUGAGGACUGGAGCUCCAUCAUAACAUCUCAGACAGUCUUCCCAAAGUCUCUUGAGUGAUUUCAGAUGAUGAUGAUGAUUGUUUUCUGUAGUUUACUCCGGAGACUCUGAGUCCCUGAGGCGUCUGUGUUUCAUAAACGACCCUCUGAUUGAACACAUUCAGGGUUUAAUUGGUUCAUUCAGCGCAGACAGCAGGACAGCAGGGUUCGAAAUGAUGGCCCACAGAGAGGAAAACAACCUUUUUAUGACACACCUGUCAGAGGGAGCUCCACACAGACUUCAGGUUGUUUAGAUACAGACUGACUUUGUCCUCCAGGUGUGACUGACUUCAGAGAAAAGCUGUCAGGUCAGAGUUUGAAUGUCUAAACUCAAACUGAAGAGUAAGCUGGAAAAAACGUUUGUCAUUUAAUUCAAUCGUCUUCAGUCAUUGUCUCUGAUUUCUUCUUCCUUUUCAUUGGUUGUUUUUCUUAGUCUUGAUCUUCUUUGUCAUUUUCGUCUUUGCUUUCUUCCACUUUGUUGCCGUUUUCUCACCUUUUGUCUCUUUUCCUCAUCUUUGUUUCCCUUCCUUCACCUCUUUAAACGCUGUACCUUCCUCUUUCUCAUUUUCUUUUCCAUCUCUGACUCACUUUCCCUUUUUUCUAUCAUCUUAACUGUCUUUGUCAUCACUUCUAUCUUUGUUUUCCUCCUCAUUUUUUUCCUCCUCUUUUUUUUCUGGUUGCUGUUGCCAUGGUAACAACAGUCUGACUGUUGUUUUGCUGUUUUCGGUUGCAGCUCAUGCAGCCGCCCACCUCCUCGGAGAUACAGUGUGUGUGUGUGUAUUGUGUAUUUGCAGGCUUGUAAAUGUGAGCAUCUUUAUGGAUAACUCAGCCUGCAGCUAUAAAGGCAGCUGGUGUGAGGCAUGAUGGGAAAUGGAGUCCGAUGCAGAGAUGCUGCCUGUCUAAUCAGAGGGGAAGGAUCCCAGCAGGAGUUCAGUGUUAGAGAGAGAGAGAGGCUGUGGGCCGAGAGACUGUGCAGCUCUGCAGAGAUGAAACAUGGAUCUGAUCUUAUUAUCAUACAGCCGUGUGAUGGAGGAGGAGAGAAGGAAGUUAUUUUUACAUGCAUGAUCCCGUUCUGUCUACAUAACUGUCCUCCAUGUGUGAAACCUCUGAGGGAUGAGGAUCCACGCUGGUCUCCUAUCAUGCGUGCACUCAAAUUCUGGAUAUUUGAAAGGGUUCCUGUUUAUUAUUAUUGAUUUGUUAGUUUUCAUUUUUUAUUUUAAGGUCUAAAUGACAAACGCGUGUCUAAUGUCUGUGAUGGAUCCAACUCACAGGUUUUAAUGGCAGCAUCAUAAUCCUUUACAAACUAAAAGCUGAUGGAGUUUUUUGUCCCUCACAGGCUCAGGUUGUUAUUCUUAGUGUCUGAAAGCAUUAGAGAAAGGAUUCCUGUAGAGGAGAGCUUUUUGUUAAAGAGGAUUUUUGAACUACAAACAGCUGUGUUACAUCACUCUGCACCAAACUCCUGGGAUAAAUCAGGAAUUUUACCGUAGGUUUGCAAUUAGGGGGUAAGAAACACGGGGGUUGCUGGUCUACUUUAUCCCAGUAUUUUUGAUUUGAUUUUAGUAUUUGUUGCAGCAAAAAUCUAAAGCUGGAUUGGAACAGGCUGAUUAAAAUCCUAAAGCAAAAUACCAGUAAUGAUUCUGACAGAGAGAGAGAGCAGUCUCCUCUGGGGUUAAAUUCGUCUUUUUGUCAGUGGAGUCUGGUGGUUUACCUUCAUACUGUUCUAAUAUCCUCUUUAACCAAAUGGUCUAGUUUUGGUGAUUAGAUGAAUACAUUCAGAGAAGUUUAGACUGAGGACUUUCUUUACCUCUUGAAGUGAUUUGAGGGGACAGUAUGUAAAUGCAACAACUUUAAUAGUGUUAUGUGUCUGAAAUUGGUGCAACAACAAACAGCCUGUCAGAUGUCAAAGUGCUGGAAAGUGUCACAGCGGAGCAAACAGUUAAACUGAGUGUUUGGGACAGAGUCUCUUAAAAUAGUCGUUGAUUGUCACAUGUCAGCUCUUCUUCAGUCGACCAUCAGUCAUCACUCAUCAAAGUCCCGUUGUUACUUCCUCUCUAACUUUGUGGAAACUUGGUCGACAGUCAGCUGUCACUGUCCUAACGCUCUGCUCAUUAUUAUUCAGGUUUGCUUUUGUUUCCUGAUUUCAAAUGUGCCUCAUUUGUCAAACUGACUGACGGCUUAAAAAUGGACCUUGACACUUAAGAUAAAAAAAAAAAAAGUAUGUCUGUGUUAAUGUUAAACUCAAAAGCUCUCUGGGGACAGCUGGAGGAUUUAGCAGACUUCUGAUCUGGUUUAAGUUAUAACAGAUUUUUUAUCACCAUGAACUGAACCACAAAGUUAAACUGUUUUCUUUCUUCUCUUUAUAUGUGAGUCUCUAUCAAAAGGCUCUUGAGGGAACAACAUCCGUUCAAAAAAAUGUGGUUGUUUCAUGAAUAUUCUCAUUUUAAUUUGAUGUCAGUGUCGUGUUUCUUAACAGUUUUCAGGGAAGACAAUGACAAACCUAAUUCUGCAGGGAUUACAACAUCAUGGCUCUGUAGUAGAAGAGUCCUGCUGCUAGACUGGCCUGCCUGCAGUCCUGACUUAUAAAAACAUUCAAAAUCAGUUUGAAUCAACAUUUCCCACAGCCUCUGAACUUUUUUGAGCUGGGGUUUCAAGUCAGAAAAACUGAAAUAAUCUCAGGUGUUGUGUCAACUCUAAUGUAAGCUGACUGCUGUUGGUUCUCUUCAGUAUGUGACAGUCAUUUUGAACUUGUAGAAAUCUGAAAAUGAAUCUUUGAGGCGACAGGAAAAUUAAAAUUUAAAACCUUAAACUCUUUGUCACCUCUCCUCCUGAUCUCACACUCUGAUCUUUUUUCUUUAUCUUUCUGUUUUUAUAACCUGCUGUUGUCUUUCAUCUCCACAGCUGUUGCCAUGACAACAGACGAGGCGGAGAGUCACCAGAAGAAGCCGAGGCAGCAGGAGGAAGCCGGCCAGCAGCAGGACGCCCGGCCGCCCUCGCCGCCGGAGGAGGGCGAGCAGCUCCGGCCCCGAAACCGCAACUCUGCCGGCCGCGGCCUCUCCCGCCUCUUCUCCUCCUUCCUGAAGAGGCGCUCGCAGUGCGACAGUGAGGGGGGAGAGAGGGAGGACAAGGAGGGGGAGGAGGAAGCCAAAGCCCCUAUCGCCGACCCCGAACCUGAGCUGAGGACGGAGGGAGAGGUGGCCCCGGACCAGCACUCAGUGAGCAGCGCUGAGGCCCAGGUCAGACUGUGGAUCCGUGACCAACAGGAUAUUUAAAGAAUUUUUCAGACAUAAAACACGGAGCGAGAGAGGAGAGGAAUUUAGUGAUGGUCUCCAGCAGGAGGGAGGCUUUCAAUUCAAUUUCAUCAUCUGACCUGAUUACAGGAUGAGCACUCAACGACAGCCUGAUAAUUUAAGAAUCACUUCUAAUUUGUUUUUGCCUGCCUACAAAUUUCAUUAAAACUGGGGAGAAAUGAAAAAGUUCUAUUUUUACCUGUUCCGGGAAAAUAUCUGAGGGAUGCAGACGAGAACAGAAGUAAUGAGGGAGGGAGAGAAAACUGUUUUAGCAGAAAAUUGGAUUUGAAUUUAUUUGUUUUUUAGGAGUUUAUUAUUUUUAUUUAAUUAAUAUUAUUAUACAUCAUUAAAACUACGAAUAGCAAGAGCUUUAUUAUAUUAAAAUAAAAAUAAAAAGUGAACAUGUGGCACCUGAGGUAGGAAAACUGGAUUUCUGACUGUUUUUCAACCAAAGUGUCUGUUUCUGUUUCAGGCUGUUCAGGUAGAGAAGAAGGAGGCAGGGGGGGAGGAGGAGGAGGUGGAGGAGAAGGAGGGGAAAGACAAAGACAUAGAAGAGGAGAAAGGAGAAGAAGCCACCCUGGAGAAGGAGGACAAAGAGAAGGGGGAGGAGGAGGAGAAGAAGGAGACGGGUCCUGAAGGAAGCGAGGCGGGGGACAAGGAGGAGAAGGUGACAGAGGAGGAGGCCAAAGCUCCCCGAGCUCCACGCCGACCGAAGACGAUGCAGAUCAAAGUGACGCUGCUGGAUGAUGCCAUGUUUGAGUGCGAGCUCGACGUGAGUAUUGACAUUUUAAUUCAGCGAUUUUUACACACCGUCUGUAGCUGCAAUUUUGCUGCAAAGUCACCUGCAUUUGGAAUUUUUAGGAGUAUUAGACCUGGAUUCAGGUGGUUCCAAACUGGACCAGGAGAUCAGGGCGCUCAGAGUGCUCUUGUACCACCUGCUGAUGGAGCAGGUUUAUCAGAGCUGUUUAGACAGCGGUAUGGUCUCAUUAAGGCUUGUGAGCUGAGUGUGUGUGUGUUUUUGUGAGAGUGUGUUUGAGUGUAAACCUAACAGCUGUUGGAGCGUCCGGCGGGAUCUUCCUCUGAGACUCUGAGCUCUUCUCACCAUCUGCUCUUCCGUUCAAAACAUUAAUAAAACACCGUCCACCAGUCUGUUACAUCGACAGGUCAAAGGUUAAAUGCUCCCUGUGUGUGUGUCUGUGUGUGUUAUAGAAACAUGCCAAAGGUCAGGAGCUGUUCAUGAGGGUGUGUGACCACCUGAACCUGCUGGAGAAGGACUACUACGGCCUAGCUAUCUGGGAGACCCCAACCAUGAAGGUGAGCCAGGUCUGAUUAUUGCGAGGCAUUCAGGGACAGCAGGAAAACUCAGCUCUGUGUGUUUUAAUCAGGCCUGUCCAAGAGAAGUUACCUCAACACUAAUCACAAACUACCCAAGUUUUUAUGUGAGCCUUAAAGGGAUAUUUUCAAACUUUUAAUGAUUAUAUCUUGUUUUAUUUUCUAAGGGAUAAAGUACAAAAUUAAACGUACUUGUUAACAUUUGAUGUUUUGUACUGGAGUUUGCUUGAAGCUAAUUAACACCUGCAUUUGGAUGUUAAAAUGUCACAAACAGAAAAUUAAACGCACACUGAAAAAGUUGUUGCUGUAUGAGAAUGGCUGAGUAUGCCGACCACCUUAUUUUAAUCCAAUUAUUCACGUCGAGACAUUUCAGGUAUUUUUAAAAGUUCAAAAGUCUGUAUUUAGUUCAACUGUAUUAUUUUCCUCUCAGACUUGGAUGGACCUGACCAAAGAGAUCCGCAGGCAGGUACAAGGUGAGCAGGUCUUUACCUGAAUUAUCCUCCUUCUCUCUUUUGUCAAGUGUUUACAGACGUUUAUUCAAAUCCUGUUUCUUCCUUUUCCUGCAGGUGCCAACUAUAAUUUCACCUUCAAUGUGAAGUUUUACCCUCCAGACCCAGCCCAGCUCUCAGAGGACAUCACAAGGUACGAGAUGAGUUACUGUUAGUUUCAUUUAAAGUCUCUGCUGCUUUAAGAAGUUCACUAAAAUUGACAACAUGACCGAAUAGUGUUGAAAGAUUUGUAAAGAAUUAGGGAUAAAGUCAGACUCAGCGGGCAAAGAAAGUUUGUAAAGUGUCAUUUAUGGCAGUGGUUCCCAAGUCCAGUCCUCGAGGCCCACUGUCCUGCAUGUUUUGGAUGUUUCCCUGCUCCAACACACCUGAUUCAAAUGAUAAGCUCGUUAUUAAGCCAUUACAGAGCUUGAUAACGAGCUAAUCAUUUGAAUCAGGUGUGUUGGAGCAGGGGAACAUCCAAAACAUGGAGGACUGGACUUGAGAACCACUGCUUUAUGGUAUUCAUCUGAUUAAAAAACGUUUGCACUGAAUCACAGAACAAGAAAUUAAGCUUUGACUUCACCAAGUGUGGCUGCUGCUGCAGAGGGAUAAAUGAGGAGAGGACCCAAAUACAGACAAACAAACCGUUAAAGGACACGUAUAAUGACUUCUGAGCCUUUUUGUGUCCUAGAUUUUCUUCAGCAGGAGUUUGAAUUUAGUUGUAGAAUUAUCUCAGACCGCAAUCUGUUGUAUAAUUACAGCCACAUGAUACGAAAGAGGGCAGGCAGAGUCAUAAGAUGAGAUAAAGAUGUUUGGGUGACCAACAAGAUGAGGAUACGUUUAUGCACAAAAGGGAAACAUAGGUUUUUAAGUUUUGAGGUACAAGAUCUGGAUAAGUGUGAGUGUAACACACAAAAUAUGACGGCUUUAGUCUGACAGAAAGAGGAAAUGUAUGAGAAAUGUAUGAGUCUGAAGAAAACAGGUUUACAUGAACCUUAUCUUUCCAUCUAAACCUUUUCAUAAUCUUUCUGUGACUUUCAUGACUCAGACGUGACUGAUUCUGCAAUAACUCCUGAUUUACACUCAUCAUCUUCGUUUGUGUGCUGCAGGUACUACCUGUGUCUCCAGCUGAGGAAGGACAUCCUACAAGGCCGCCUCCCCUGCUCCUUUGUCACUCUGGCCUUGCUGGGCUCCUACGCCUUGCAGUCAGAACUCGGGGAACACGACCCGGAGGUUCAUGGCAGCGAGUACGCUAAAGAGAUGAAGAUGGCUCAGGGUCAGACCAAGGAGUUGGAGGACAAGAUGAUGGAGCUGCACCAGACCUACAGGUCAGAGCUAGACCCACAGGAGGACUAAGUAAAACCAGGACUGAAGAAUGAGACAGACCUCACCAGAAGAAAAAAACCUUCUCUUAGAGUCUGUGUGUAACAUUUUGUUGUUGUUGUUGUUGUUAACAUUUUCAGGGCUAUGACUCCAGCUCAGGCUGACAUGAUGUUCCUGGAGAACGCCAAGAAGCUCUCCAUGUACGGCGUUGACCUGCACCAGGCCAAGGUAAGUGAAGGGGUCAGAGGUCAUCAUUGAUAAAUAAAUAAAUUUAUUAAUAAAUAUAUAUAUCAAACACACACACACACACACACACACACACACACAUAUAUAUAUAUAUAUAUAUAUAUAUAUGGCUAUAAAUGUGGGUAGAAAUGUUAUUGGGCAGAAAACACGCAGCAGUGACGUCAAACAGAAUAAAAGUCUCUGCGAGUGCAGAUGAGCCUGAACAACAGGAGGACAUGUGACUGUCAGGUUUUACAGCAGAAAUCAGGUCAAUCUGUUUGCAUCAGAGCUGGAUUUAAUCUCAUAUAGAGGGAGAGACCUGCACAUGCCUGCACUGCUCCCCUGUGGAUGGAGGUGGACAGUACAAGUCAGCGUAAGACACAGGAACAUCAGAGUUAAACAUUAUAUAUUGAGUGAUAAUAGCUGAUAGAACAGGAUGCAUUCAUCCUUUAUAUGAUAAUUUGAAAAUUAAAUUUCUGUUAAUAUGGAAACUAUCAAACUUGUAGUCAAAGAUUUAUGUUUGGUCCUGAGAAGUAAGUCAGAUCAAACCAAAAAGAAAAGAAAAUGAGCUAUUUUUUGCCUGUCCUAAAAUCUGAAUCUGUCUAUAUGUCUUAAGAUCAGAUCGGAUGAAAAAAAAGAAAAGAAAUCAAACCUGCAAAUGGCAGCAGACAGGCCUUCGCAGCUUUGCACAUGCUAAGAGGUGUCUCAGCUGUAAUGGUGCAUCCUCAGCUGCUGCUCAGACCAUGAACUAAAAAUAUGUGUACAUCUGUUCAGGCUGAGACUGUCAGCAUGUUUAUUUAAUUUAUACCCCAAUUAACAGUUUAGCAGACUUAAAUAAGGCGGUGUGAAGGAAAUAAAGGCUUUGAACCCUUUUUAGGAGAAAGAGUUCUGGUCCAUUAAAGCCCUCUUGUGGCUGAAAGUAGGAUUACAACAACAGAAACUCAACAGUAAAUGAAACGACUCAGAAAAGGUUUAUUUUUUCUCAAUAGUUCAGUGCAAAAAAUUGUAGCAACAUAGAAAUGACAAAGGUUGAAACUCAUUUUUAUCAAAAGUGUUAAAACAGCUUUAAGUGCCACAAAGGUUAAAAAAAAAAAGGUUUAUGAGCCUGCUGUGAUGUGCUGUAAAAAUCAGCCCUGCAGAUUCUGUAUAUGUAACUGAAUAUGGAGUAAACUGCCUCGUCUGUGUCUCAGGAUCUGGACGGCGUGGACAUCAUGCUGGGCGUCUGCUCCAGCGGUCUGAUGGUUUACAAAGACAAGCUGAGGAUUAACCGUUUCCCCUGGCCCAAAGUCCUGAAGGUGUCCUACAAACGCAGCAGCUUCUUCAUCAAGAUUCGACCGUCAGAGGUGCAGAUGCUUUACUCUAAACAGUUUAACACACAUGUGCCUGAUUCUGAUUCUGUCCAGGGAGGAAGAUCUGUGUUUUUCUUACUGCUGCACAGGUGAAGCUGAUGCCACAGAGUUUAAACUAACAAAAGUCUGUGUUUCCUGCUCCAACAGGUGGAGCAGUACGAGAGCGCGAUCGGCUUCAAACUGCCAAACUACAAGGCGGCUAAGAAGCUGUGGAAAGUGUGUGUGGAGCAUCACACCUUCUUCAGGUAAAGUGGUCUACUCUGUUUAGAAACAGCCAAGUUUUACUCACUCUGGGCUCUACAGUCAGACUAAAAUCCGAGCUUCUCCUCUUCUUCUGCAGACUGACCUCCACAGAGAUGGCCACCACGCCCAGGAAGUUCCUGGCUCUGGGCUCAAAGUUUCGUUACAGCGGCAGGACUCAGGCUCAGACCAGACAGGCCAGCUCUCUGAUCGACAGACCGGCUCCUCUGUUUCAGCGCUCAUCCAGCAAGAGGAACUCCCGCAGCCUGGAUGGAGGUACCUGACCACACCUGGUCUCUGUGAACCUGGAGGGAUGUCAGACUCAGUUAGUCUCAGAGGAAGAGUUUAUUACAGCCUGUCGGGGAGGAGAAGUUAUCAAGUCCUGAUAAUAUAUACAGUUUUUCUUCUGUUCUUCUCUUGUCAGUGCAAACUCAGUUUUAUGUUAUGAUGAAGUUAUUUAGAUUGUAAAUGAUUGUAGUGUGAGCCUCUGCUGAAAUCAGGGUUUAUAUCAGCCAGUAUGGACCAGCUUUUGGAUGGUUUUCAUCCACUUUAUAAAAACCUUGUCAUCUUUAAUUUAAGAGGAACUUCAGCUUCUGUGUAGGAAAGACUGUAAAAAGGCAACUCUGAGUAGCUCCAGUAUCCAGGAUCAGAGUCCAGCUGAUCUGGGAAUGCCAGUUUUGAGUUCAGGGACAAUUUUUUUUAUUUCAUGGGGAGAAUGAGGCAGAUAGUUUGGAGAAAAUGAGAGUAGAUGAGGAUUUUCCAAAUAAAACCAUUAUAAUAACUUUGAAGAAGUUCAGACUAACUUCAGAAGUUCUUCAGUAUUUAAUGAAGCUGCAGAAACAACAGGACCUCUCAGUGUCCCUCUGUAGGUUUUUAUAAAUGACUCUAUUGUCCUCCUCUCCGCCUCCUCAGCCAUGGCGUCCACUCCUGACAAUAAGUCCACUCGUCCGGUCAGCGCUCCUGUGAUGUCACCGGUGUCACCCGGGGAGGCGACCCCGUCCCCGCUGCUCUCUGUCCUGCGUCGCCACGACCACAGAGACGGCUCCACCCCCAAAGGGCACCGCUGCGCAGAGAGGAAGUCUGGCAAGAAGGCGGAAAGUCAGCAGACGGAGCACAGCAAGACCCGGAGUCCCAAACCAGAGAACACUCCGGAAAUCAAGGUACAAGACUCAAAGGGUUACAUCAGUGCAUGGGACGUUAUUCGGAAUUCAUCUUUAGUAAAACAAAGUUGAUGAUUUAGCUCACAGAAAACUGCUGUAACUUAAAUUCUUACACUUAAUAGGAAACUUGUGACCAAAAAUAUGAGUUCAGAGGGAAAUCAGUCAUUUAGAAAGACAGCUUUAAAGCUCAUCAGCUUUAUCUGAGUCUGUGCAACCCUGAAGAAAUACUCUGACGUUUUGGUCAAUGAGCUCAUGUGUUGGUUAAAAAUGUUGAAAUAUUGUCAUACUUUAAAAACUAACCAAAGAAACCAGAAAAAUGAGCUUUCAGGGUGUUUUUUCAGGUUGCUAUGGUAACAGAUCUGUUCGAUGAGAGUUUGUAGCUCCGGUUGUUGCUGGUUCAUAUGGUGAUGUCUGAGUUUGUGUGUGCUGUCAGACGGUGGCGAGGAGAGAGCGAAGGCACUCGCCUUCUGUGACCGCGGCCAACGGGGAGAGAGAUAAAAAGAGCCAGGUUUGUUUGAGCUGCAUGACCAGCUGAAACCAGUCACAGAAACCAGUCAAAGCAGCAUGAUUGUGAGGAAACAUAGAAGUCCAUAUAGAGAGUGUUUAUGUGGAUUUAAGUGUCUCAGUUAUGACCAGUUUUGAUCAAGUUCAGGAUACCAAGAGGAUGUGAGGAAGCAGGUUUUCUCUGUGUGUUUGGGUUCGAAGUUUGAACCUUCAGAAUCAGAAAUUAACGUUGUAGAUUUAUUUCUAAGUAAGCAAAGCUGCAGAUUCUUCUCAUGUGUAGCUAUUAAAACACGGAAAUUAACUUAUCUUGCUUUAAAACUAAAUAUCUGUCUAAGAAACCAGGAUGUCACAGUAUCAGGUUUCUGUUCUUCAGGUAGCAAAACCAGGUUUUCUCAAAACCUCUGAUAUCUGGACAUGAGGUUUACCUGCACAAAUACAAAGACAGGACACUUAUAAACCUGAUCAUAAGUGGGAGACUCAAGUCCAUGUAAACACACUCAUUGAAAGAAAUGAUGCAGUUCAUCAUGUAAGGAGAUUUAACAAUAUUUUUCAAAGGAUAAUAUCACUGACAUUGGCAGUAAAAUCAGAGCUUAUAUAGAGAGUUUGAUAGAGAUGAACUUUAUAUAGACUGAAUAAAAGUUUCUGGAGUUUCUGACAAGUUUUUGUGAAAGGGAGAAAUGUUAGAAAGAUUUAAUGCUGAACAUACAAAGUUUGUUUUAAAGAAGAAUCAGCAUUUAUAUCCUGCUCAUCUGACCCUCAUUAUAAACAGACUCAAAUCUGAAAGUUUAUGGCAGAGGACACGAUGAUUGCACAAAAAUUAAAAUGAAUAUUCAAGAUGUUUUAUUCUGUGAUAUGAAUAAGAUGAUCAAGUUAAAAUUUCAGGUUAAAUUUUGUCCUCAAAGUCACAUUUGUUUGUAUAUUUUACUACUUUUGAAAAUCUCAGUUUAAACCUUAAUUGUGCAGUAACCACAUCUGUCCUCUGCCUGUUGGGGGCAGCACUGAUGCAUGUGUAUUCAUAGUAUUUUGGUGUGUGAGAUUCGACCCUUAACUUGCAGUAACUGUAUCUCUUCUCUGCCUGUGGGGGCAGCACUCUCCUCAGGACAAAUCAAAGAUGGAGGUGAUGCGAGUGAGGAAGGUUAGCAUGCUCUGAGUCGAUCACAUCGUUCCUGCAUCACAUGAAGACACUCUAGUUUGUUUUCUGUUGUCUGACCUUUUCCAUCUCUGACACGCGGAGAACUUUUAUCUCUGGAUCAUUUUAUGAUUUCUGUAAAAGCUUCGUCUGUAAAAGCUUGAAUGAUUACUCUCAGCUCAGUCUGAAGAAGGAGAAAUCAUCCUCCACAUAAUCUAUACAGAGAGAGAGAGAGAGAGAGGACAUUUUUCACUGUUUCACAAACUCUCAUCACUUUAUUUCUGUUCAAGAGAAACUUCACUGCUCGACUGAGUUACUCCCUUCAGGAUUUUGCAAAUGAUUUCUGGGUUUAUUUGGAUUAUUUUAAACUGCCUGUUUGCUCAUCAAGUGUUCAGAAAUAAUCUGUUUAGACUUUGGAUGCACAGCCAGAGAUUAAAACCUGUAGCUCAAACUCUGACAGGUGAAAACAGAAGCUGAACAAUAACUGUGGACAGUGUGCAAAUAUAACAGCGUGAAUGUUAACCCUUAAGAGUCCAAAUGUAAACUUUAUUCUUAAAGUAGAAACUUAGAAGUUUUACAAAACAAGUUUUACACAGAACUUUUCAACUCUGUUCCCACUUUUAAAGUUUUUUCUUCUAAACUUCUUCUAAACUAAAGUUUACUUGUAAUUUAUUAUUUUUCAUUUGCCUUAGAUAAUCAUAAACACAAAUUUUAGCUGACUUUAGAUUUUAGAUAUCAUAAAAAGUCGAUAAACUCAGAAGUAUGUUUUGUGUGGCGAUCACUUCGCAGAGAGACAAUAAUUCAUAUUUCUGAAUCCAUGACAAGGAUUAAUGCCUGUUUUGUUUUUGUGAUGAAGCAGAAGUGUGAAAGCUUUAUUCUGUCUGCAGUGACUUGAAUAAAAUCCAGCGAGUUUAUCUUCAGCUGUAAACUGUUUGAACUUCAGGAAAGUAGAAAUGUAAAAUCUUUGGAAAGAAAGGUGCAAACUCCUGAAGUGACGGCACACACUCCUCCUCCUCCUCCUGCACUUGUCUCUGCCACAGCUUUUGCAUGAACAGCAUGAAACUCAGCUCACAGCUCCGAGUGUGUGUCUGCCUGGCUACUCUCACACUCACACACACACAGCACAGGUAUAUGUGUGCGUGUGUGUGUGCAGCUGUCCCCUGCUGAGCUGGGCACUCUGGGACCUGCAGCUUCCUCUUCUUUUCUGGUUCAUGUCAUGGCCUGACUCUGCGCUGUUUGUGGACUCCAUAGCAAACUGCUGUUCAAAUGUUUGACUGAAUCAUUUCCAACCAGGUGUUCCCUUUUUUCUGCAGAAAAGAGCAAAGAAACUUGAGGGGGAAACCAUUUAUAUCAGACAUAGCAAUUUAAUGUUGGAGGUUUGUAUCUGCUCGUCUCCACUCUUCGGUUCUGGCUGUUCUUCUUCUUCAUCCUCUUUUUUUUUCUGCAUGAACGUUUUAGUUUAUUUGGCUUUGACGUCUCAGUUUCUCUUCAUUUUUCGCCUCGUUUCCAGCUGAAUCCUAAAGGCUUGGCAUGCACUAUUUUCCUCACUGACUCUCAUGCAAGUAGCUUCACUUUACUCUGACAUCGUCUUUGUCCUGUCAUAUUGUCACUUCAUCAAACACGACCGGGAAAGCUACUGAUUGUAGUUGCGAAAGUGCAAACGUGACUGAGAUUUACUCUCAUACUUGUAAUUGUUUCUUUACAUGAUUUACUUUUAUUUAAGGUCAGACUGUGGUGCUGAAGUUGGAAAUGAGAGGAUCUGUACUAAAAUAGAGUUUAUACUAUAAAAUUCACUGAAGAGAAGAACGAAAACUGAAGUCUGAAGAUGAUUUCCUGUAUUUAAAGAUGGGUGACAUGUGUGUCUUCCUCCUCCUGCUGCAGAAAAACAAAGCCUAAGUGUCCCACAUGUGAAGGGGAACACUUUGCAAACAUUUUAACCAAACCCAAAUCUCUGAAAAACUGUAAAUCUGGUGCAUUCAGCACUGCAGGAGCCUCAUUGGUCAACAGAGCUGUCAAUCAUGGUGCUCCUACUCUUUAAUAGCAUUAGAUAACUUAUUUAAACCAAACUUGUCCAAAGAAAUAAACCCUGUGACAUAAAUCAUCAUGAUCGGAAUAAACUUUAACAACAGGAACCGUGACUGAAAAACAUUUAUUUGACCCGAACUUGUAUUUUAGAGUUUAAGUCAUGUCCCAUCUGUUUACAUGGAGGAGGCUGGGUUUAUGACCUAGUCAGCUGGGGGAGCUUCAAAUGUUUUAGCCUCUCUUUUUCAGAGCUGUCUAUGGUUGUUUCUUUCUCGGUCGUGUUUCUCUCACACAUUCUUAUCGUACUCCCCUGAUAUGUCGUACUUACUGUUGGACUGUCUGCUGAUUCCUGUGUGACGUUGUGAGUUGUGUUACUUGUGUCAAAUAUUCCUUUAAAAGCUGAGUUCAUUGAGAUCACUUGUAUUUCCGUUAAAUCAGAAACUCUACAGGGUAAUUCAACUAGAGUUUCACAUCAUAUUCUUGUGCAGUGGACUUUGUAUUCAGGUCUACUUUACUAAGACAAACGCCCCCUUCUGUUAAAUCCUGCAGCUCUGUGCAGUUUGCUCUUGUGUUGUGUCUGACUGUGGGGAUGAGCUGUCAGCAUCUCCUCCCUCUGCUGCUCAGAGCUGUGCUUUGAGCUCUAAUCCUGACAGAGAUCACAUCAUUCCACAUAAAGAUAAUGAGCUGGAUGAAGACAAGAUGCUCAUUCCAGUUUUUGAGAAGUUUGUUCAGACCAAAUGAGACGCAGGAUUUUAUUAAAGCUCCUGCUCUAAAGCGAGCUAGCAAGAGCAGCUAGUUAAGCAGAAAAAAAGCAAUGCUUACAGAGUGCAGUUAUUAACACUUACGCCUUUAUCUGCUGUGUUUGUUUAACUGGAAGACUGCUGAAAACUGAGCUGCUUUAAGUUUAAUGUUUGAAACUUUUCCAUGAUGAAGAUGAUGAAGACAAAUAUAUAUUCUGUCACUGUAAACAAGACAAGGAGUCAAAGUUGUCUCAGGUAGACUGGCGGACAUUCGAAGUCCAUCAUUUUUCCCUACUGCACAUCUUAUCUGUCACUCAGAAUAGCCCACCAGCAUCCAUGUAACAGGAGUCACUGCAGCACUCAUCGUCCGCUUAUCUGCAAUAUUUUAACUCAAAGUCAUUUUUAGAAAUCAGAUUUUUGUCAAUUGAAUCUAUACUGAAACUGAAAAGGGUAAAAGUGAUGAUGUAUCUUAAAAGCAUUUUCUUCUACAGACUAAUGUGAAAUGUGAAGUAGUUGCCAAACUGAUCUCUGGACUUCAUUAAACAUCAGUUUUCAUCACCCUCCCAUUCCUUUGACCCUGAAAUUGUCACAUUUCCAUUUGACCUGAUUAUUCUUUCCUCUUCACUCUCCAUUGUUUUCAUCUCUGGUUUUGUUGUUGCCGCACUUUGCUCUGUAUGAACCCACUCUGACUUUGAUCUUCCUGUUGAAGGACCUGGAUAAGACCCAGACCGGGAUCAUGCGUCACCACACAAGCAUCAGCGAGCUGAAGAGGAGCUUCAUGGAGUCGGUACCCGAACCUCGGCCCAGCGAGUGGGACAAACGUCUCUCCACCAACUCACCUUUCCGCACGGCGAGCAUCAACGGGCAGCUGCAGCCAGCGGUGAGUCGGACAUGUUGAUGGUUAAAUGUUAGGAGUGUGAUCUCAUCCACAGAGACACCUCAUUCAGAGAGGCCGCAGGUAGAUCUUCUUUUGCUAUGUAGCUACGCUAGCAGCUUUACCCCUGCUUCCAGCCUUGUGCCAAGCUAAGCUAAGCUAAUCACAUCCCUGCCCCUCUCUGAGCUGAAGACUCACAGGUAGAAGUGAUGUUAUUUUGUUCACCUGACUCUCAGAAUCACUCAUGAUUCAGAAGACUCUAUAUGUCUGAAAGUCCUAAACCCAGACUCCAACCGGCCCCACAGGGUCACCACAUCACCUGAGCAGGUUCACAGUCUAAUAAUCACAUUUCUACAGACAGUCUCACAGACAGAUUUUAAUAACUGUGUUCAGUUUGUCUGCCUCUGAAACAGUGAACUGCAUCUAAGUUUGAAGAGCUUCAUAUUUUCAUUGAAACUGCGGCUCAUCAGUUUGUUUGCAGAAUGAAUCAGUUCAUACCCUCAGAUUCAUAAACUCAUUUACAGCUUAGGGAUUAGAUUUGAUCCUAAGUAUUGUGAUCUCUGCCCAUGGGUUUUCCCUUUUUUUUUUUUUUUUGCUAGUUGUUCUGAAUUUCUAAAAUAAUAAAAACCUGAUGAUUGAUCCCGGAUUCACUCAAUUUAAGCAAGGAAAUCAUUAAAAGUAAAAUUUUCCAUGUUAAUGACUCAUCCUCGCUUUAAAGGUCUCACUGUUCACAGGAAGUUUUUAUUCUUUGGGCAGUCCUUCAAAGCUUUUGUUUUCACUUUUCAUUCAAAUGAUCUCUUGGUUAAAAAUAGAAGCUGUGACUCAUUACAGAACAAACACUAUCAGCUGCCUUAAAACAAGCACAUGUAAACAACCAGCAAAGAAACAAACACCAUCGAGAUAUCAUCCAACUGUUACUAAAAUUUUAUUAUUUAAGCACAUUCUUUAUGUGUAUAAUAAAAGAAUACAUAUAUUUAUGUACAGAAUUAACCACUAGGGGGUGUGAUGUAAAAAUAGCCGGCGUUUCAAACCUGAAAACAGCCAAAAUGAUCUGUAACUCAAACUUAGUGGGUCAAGUCAUAUCAAGUCAGUUUAAGUCAUAUUUACACAGGUUAAUGUUUGAGUCCCUGUGUGGAGGUUUCACACAGAACCUCAAAUGUUCUAAUUCAACCAAAAUUUCUAACUCAGGAUGGAGUCAAACUUAAACAACCCUAAUUUCAAAAAUUUCAGUCUGUGAAAAAUGUUCAUAGAAACAGAAUUUGAUGAUUUCCAAAUGUUGAAUUUUAAUAUUUUAAGAAAAAUGUUGUUUAAAUUAAAGUUGGUUGUAGCAACAUGUUUCUAGAAAGUCUCCAGGGAAGACCUACAUAUUUGAGCAAGACAAUGACAAAGCACAUUCUGCAGGGAUUACAACAGCAUGGCUCUGUAGUAGAAGAGUCCUGAUGAUAAAUUGGCCUGCCUGCAGUCCUGACUUGUUUCCCAUUGAAAACAUUUGAGCAUCAUGACACCAAAAACAGAAAAAAGGAGACAAGUUCACUUUCAAAUGUACAGAGACAGGUUUAAAAUUGUCUUUCAUGUCACUGCACUUAUUCAUUUAAAUGGUAAAACCAUAAAAAUCGGCUUCUAUCAACAUUUUACACAGGGUCACAACUUUAAGGGAAUUUGGGUUCUACGUAGUAUUUGUGAAACACAGAAUGCACAAAAGUCAUAAAUAUACCACCUGAACCUUUUAAAAACAAGAAAAGCAGGGCCUGGUGUUAAAUUACCACACUUAUCCUUUAGGUUCAGUCAAACUAGAUCAUACCCAAUAGCUAUGUUAUGAAACAGAGAGUCUAGAUUUAAAUGAAAUAGAAGAGACCAUCAGUUCCUGCCUAAAUAAUGAUCUUUAAAUUUCAGUUGUUUGAGUUGUUAUCAGGUCUUAUCUGCAGGGUCAUACUUCUAUACUAAGUCUUAAUCAUAUCUGUAAGUCAUUGUAAAGUUGGAAUAAUGACACAUGCAUGGGAGGAGAUAAAGCCCUCAGAUGUGUUUUUCAUGAUUUGGAGCUGUACCCCGAUUUGCCACUGGGUGGUGCUGUUGGCUUUCUCAUCCUCAUUUCACUGCUUCAGCAUGACUGUACCUGCAGUCACAGAGAGGCUAGACGCCUCAGGAUGUUUUUCAGUGUUUGCUGAUGCGAGGAGAAAUGUGUGUGUGUGUGUGUGUGUGUGUGUGUGUGUGUGUGUGUGUGUGUGUGUGUGCAGGAGAAGAAGUCCACUGUUAUACCUGCAUACAAACUAGUUGGUGGCGUUUCUGAGGUAAAGGUAUUUUGAGCUUUCUGACUCGGGCUGCAGCAGGUUGAACUCCGCCCUGACCGUCUCUAUGAGCAGAGUAAUCGAACAGGAAUGGCACCGGGAGGCUGUGAACACCUUUUGUAACCAGCAGCUCUCACUGAACUGUGCUUGGCUGCUCCCUAAAGGGCUCAGUAUGCUUCAAACCAGCUCAUUCAUCCACCUGUUGUCUUACCAAGUGUAAAGACAAAGGCGUUGAGACAUGUGAAUGAGACACGUGCAGAGGGAAGAUGUGUCGGAGGCCGUAGUUUCCUGUUUUUGUCUUCAGUCAUGGUCAGUCUAAUAAAGCGUGCAGGAAGAGAGGUUGUCUGAAAGGCUUAAACACCACAAAACAAGUGGAGGGGUCAAGACCAGGGGCUGAAUCAACUGAAGGCAUGUAGCAGCUCCUACCUGUCACUCAAAGAGGCCACACCCCUAUUCUAUCAAACCCUUAUCCUCACUCUAACAUGCCAGUUUUCUAUAAACUCAGAGAAUUAAGUCAUAAGAACCAAACUUUAUUAGUGUUAUUUCCCACCAGGCUGUAAACAUGUUCAUUUCUGCUGUCACACUAGAGGAUACUCUUUGUAUCUCUGUACACCUGUCCAGCUACCUUCAGAAGUGGGCGGGGUUGAGGAUGUAGGGGGAGGGGUUUCAUUGCUAUGAAGUAAUCUUAUAACCGCUUAUUUUGAAGCAUACUGGCACCUCCGUCGGCUCCCCGCCCUGGACCCCCCCUCCUAAAGCCCCUGCCCCCUCACCCUGUCCUCACUCUUCAGAUGGCUGCUGCAGCUUUGACAUUUUGCUUGACCUGCCAAUCAACCGCAUGGCUCCGUUAAUCCUGAUGAUGCAUGACUCUUGUGCCUGCAGGUUUGAUAGACUGAAAAGGAAAACAAGCUAAAGACAAUGAUUGGUAGCUAGAGGACUGACCCCUCCCUCCUCCCCCUUCUUCAUUUGUCUCACCCUCUGAUCCUCCCCUCUGUAUCUGUCCCCCGUGGAUGUCUUUAUGUGUUUUUCUCUGUCUUGUAUCUCUGCCCCCUCAGUCCUCGUCUCCUUUCCAUUCCCCUCUGAAAUCUGGGAUUGUUUCCCAAGCAGAUCCAUCCUCACCCUCACAUCCUCCCCACUCUCCCCCUCACCCUCCACCCUCCAGUCCUGACAAUGACGCCGAAGGUCAGGGAGGAUCUCUGCCGUCCUUCCUCCCUGUGUGUCCCUCUGGCUCUCGUCUGUCCUACACCCUAAACUUAAAGACUCAGUUUCUCUCUCAGACAUGAGGUCCUGCACCAUCAUCAGACCGGACUCUUUUUGAUACUCAGUAAUCCUGUCAGUGUCACUUUUUUGCUGAGAGCCUGAGGCACAAUUUUAACAAUUUCAUAUUAUUGCUGAGUGUUGGAAAUGAUGAUGACACAUCGUACGAAAUCAAAUAAAAAUAGUCUGCAUUGCAUCACCUUCCUGCAGGUCCCCAAGCGUCUCCUUUUCUGCCUAUAGAGUGCAAUAAAAACAUCCUCCUCUUCUUCUUUAGUGCAGGAUUAUCCUGAAAACUGUUUCAUGGCAAGCUCCCACAAAGUGUCUGUCAUCUGAAAUGCCAAUACUAUAAUACUACAAUUAUAAAGCAGUGCAGAUUACAUAGUUUUCUUCUGCCAGGUCUUCUGCUGUUUCUUCCUUCCUGUUGGCACUUAGAUGACUUUGCACUGCCAAAUAGUUUGCACUAGCUAGCAUUUUAGCUGCCAGAAAAUGCCUUUCCCAUCCCCGAAAUGAAGCAAAGAUUCAUUAAACCUCAGAGCCCCCCUUUAGUCUUUUCUUACUUUCUCCGACCAUCUCACUGUCCCAACCUGCCAUGCUUUUACAAAACACUUACUUAGAUUAACUCAGAAAAAGUUUUACUCCAAUAAGAACCUUUAUAUGAAUAUUUUAUGUACAUUUUAUAUCCUUUGCUUUGUAGCCAAAAAUAAACCAGUAAAUAGUUCUGCAGUUCCUAAACCUAUCAUGAUUAAAUAACAGUAAAAAACCAUCAACCUGCAGUGCAGCUUUCACCGGCAGCUGUUACCACCAUCAGUCUGUCUGCUUUAAGUCAACUGACCAUAAAUAUACCUGAGCUAGAGGAGACGCUUCUGAGUGUACUGUUGGUUCAGCAGAAAGCACAUCCUCCAUCAGGGUUGCCACUACUACUACAGAGCUGACCAUCUUCUCAGUCACGGCUAAAACCCACAGGAUCCAGAACGGCUGCGCUCUGCUAUGGAACAGCAGGUGGAUCAAAUACGCAAGCAUGAGAAUCAUUGUGUGUUAUUCCACACAAUCUGUCUGCCGUCUGGCUCUGCUGCGGCCGGGUCAGAUGCGCAAGGCAUCUAACUUUGCCGGACGCCGCAGCAUGGCAUCAAUUCAGUGCAGUGCAGCACGAGCAGCAGCAGCGGAAGUUGUAUGCGGCUACAGAGUAAAGUAUCCAGUUAAUUUUCAAAACUAAAUAAAGACAAUAUUUUAAACUGUUCUUCACUUGAUAAUAGGAGAAGCCAGGGUUGUGGGAUGUGGGUGUUUAUAUACACCGCCAUUUAUAUACAGGGAUUGGAAAGUCUCAUUCAGCGUUUCGUAGGGAAACAUGUGAGAUCUUGCGAGAAAUAUCGGUAAUCUCGCAAGCACUUCCCUUCCAAUGGCGUAGGUGGAUCAGAUCUGGUGGGCGCUGUAUGCUUGUGUAUUUGAUCCACCUGCUGGUCUGGAGUGGACUGGAACUGUUCUGGAUCCAGUUGAAUCCCUGGGUCACUUUCAAACCCGCCUGAUCAUUCAUAAGUUAGCAGGAAAAUAAGACUUAACUUAGUUAGCAGCUUGUAGAUUGAAGUAAUAUCUCUACCAUGCUGCAAUCAGCUGCUAGCUAGCAGGAAUAGCAGACUUCCUCUAAAGUAAAUAGUUAAUUCAAGCACUACCUUUCUGUGGGCCUGUGUCCACUGAUGGUGUUUGUCUGUCUUUUUUAGCAUGUGCAGUGUCUUUUCCUGUACAAACUAAUGCAGAUUCAGGGUUUCAGCUCUUAUCAGCUGGUUUUUAAUCUCUGUGCACCUGUUAAUAUGGCUUCUCCAUCACUGACCAAUCACAGCAAAGAAGCGGCGGGACUUUAAUGUCAACUUUGAAACUAAUUCUGGUGAUUUUAUGAGAACAUCUCUAUAACUUAAACAGGGCUGAAGUCUAACUGGUGCGCAGAGCAUAACUAUAGGUGGGUCGCAACUUUGAGCUCACAGUCAGCUGCUGUGAAUGCUGUAACCUCACGGGUGUAAAAACUGGACUAGUCUGUUUCAUUUAAGUCCAGAAUCUGAACCUGGAUUACCUUGAGAAAGCCCACAGAGGUUUAAAGAGGAAGUAUCUGGACAGUUACCUGCACACCACAGAAUCUUCUAGCAAACCCACUCAUGCUUAAUACCCCGCUGCAUCUCCCCCGUCCUCCAUGUCCUCACCCCUGUGUCCCCCCUCCCUCUCCUGUCAUUGAUCCCACCUGUGUGUUCAUUGUUAUCUGUCUCUCUUGGUCCGCUGCUGCUGAGCACAGCGAGGGAGGCAGGCUCUGUUUGGACGCAAGGUAAGAGCUUGUAGUUUGUCCCCAGCACUCGGGGGAGCACGGCUCUUCAGACAGGACUGCCUGCUGGAGGAAGACGAGGAGGAGGAGGAAGAGGAGGAGGACAGUGAUGUGGAAUGGGUUGAUGAGGGUGAGGAGGAGGAGGAGGAGGAAGACGAGGCUCACGGCCACACUUUUAAGGUGGCUAUAAAUGUUCCAGAAGAGGGGGUGAGUUUGGUUAACCCGUGUGAGCUGAACCCGGCUCGGAUCAAGGCGUCCAGGAUGUCUUUCUUCCUGUCGGGGCUGCUCCUGAUGGCUCUCACCAUGCUGUGGUUGGCCUUCAUUUAGAGGACAAAGACACGGGGACUAACCUGGACGUUUAACCAUGGAAGGUUAUCCACAGUUAUCCACAGAUAUCUUUGUCUUCCAGCACUUUUUUGCUCCUUCCUCUUGGAGCUGUGAUUCCUCCAGUCGCUGGGCUGCAAUCCAGCCUAAAGGAGCGAACUCUGAACAAGAUUUUAAGUGAGCCUUUGAAACUCUUUGAACAGCAGCCAAAAACCAGCUCCUCGCUAAGCUCUGCCUCAGCUUGGUAACUCUGACUGCGUCUCCCAGGCUUCAACAGUGAUAAUCCACCAUAUUCAUAAUCAUGCUCAGGGUGGGAAUCUUCAGUGCUGUCAUCAUGAACUAUUUCUUAUGUCCCAGGUUUGCAAAUGCUGAAAACACAACGAAGCUAACAAAUCACCACAGUAUUCUACUGUAGGAUUGAUCAGUGAUUGAAAGAUGAUGAAGUGUGCAGAAAAAAGAGGGGCAUGCUUGAACACCAGACUGGUUCAGAGUCCAAUCCCCUUCCCAAGAUGACCUUUUAGAGACCUGAUUUUGAUUUUAUAAGGAAAACUGAGCCAAGACUAAGGAAGGAGUAAGAGGAGAGAGGAGAGCAGGGAGAGGAGCAGGAGGAGGCAGGUGUGUGUGAGAGAAUGAGCUGAAUGAUGAAAAAGCCUACAUUGAUCAUGAACACUAACCAGCUAAUGACUGCUUACCGAUAAAGGGAGAGUCUUCAUUCUGGAUUCUACUGAAACUCAAGUCCAGGUCUUGAGGUUUUAUUAGAGGUUUUAUAAAAGCUUGCAAAUACAGAAUGAUUUGUUGGAUCUGCAGUUCAUACAAGGAUUCUACAUUUGAGGUUGUACUUCUUUCUGCUGUUGGUUUGGGGAAACGUAUUAAAGGAUCAGCUGUAGAAGGUUGUUCCUCCUUCAUAUCCCACAAAUAUGAAUCUGAUAUUGGCCUGGAGACGGUUGAAUCCCAACUCUGCUAUUGUCAAGUAUAAAUCUUUUAUUUACAAAAAUACAGCCCAGCAUCUCUCUGAAAUCUCUCACUCCAUCGUCCUGUCAGUCACUGAUCAGCUAAGAAACAGUGUUUACCUUUGAUCAGCCGGUUUCUGUUACAUGACUGCACUCUCUGAGUUAUGCUUGACAAAACAAACUGGACUCAAGGUUCAUGUUCCUGUUUAAAGUCCAUAUUUUCAUCAGAUUUUGAGUUAUUUAGAGGACAUGAUAACAGUGGAGUACCAGUACAGUUUGCUAAUGUUAGCUAACACACAGUCAUAUCAGACCAAGUCGGACUGUAGCAGCAGAAUCAGAGCGAUCUGAAAAGACUGCUUUCACCUGGGAAUUCAUUUUUCUUUAUGAUAGAGUCAAAGGUUAAAGCAUCUCUCAAGCACUAAUCAGCCAAAGUGCGAACGGUAAAGUUUGUAUUCUGCAGAAAAAAAAGUCUGUUUCUCUUGGAUUUAGUUUCUGCACCACAUCUUUAGUAUUUUCUUGGCUAAUUCUUUGCACUGCUGACAGUACUUGUACUACAAGAAUGCAGUAAAUUGCAUGUUCAAUCUAACUUAUUGGGACAUAUCUGUUAUUGAGCUUCAGCACAUGUCUGUAUAGUCAGUCAGCAGACCAAAGCUAGUUCAGGAUCCCCAUUUGCUGUGUAAACUGACAUGCAUUAGCCCGGUGUUAAUGUUGGACCAAGUAUCAGCAGACAAUCAGGUCGAGUUCACACCGUUAAUCUAUCAGAGGAGACAAGAACCUACUCAGGAAGCAUCGCAGCAACUUUAUGAGUUUUCAGCCAGCAUUAAUGAAGAUUUUUGACUUUAUUUACAGUCAAAGCACCGGCCGAUAACUGGGCUAAUAAGACAUUCCUGGACAACAGCAUGAGGAUGAGAUAAAGCUGUCAAUGUCUGUAGCUCUGAAGAGGAUAAAGACCGUAGUUAGAGUUUAACAGUGUCUGAGAUCUGUCAGUCUGUGGAGGUUAGAAAGACAGGACAGCAGGUUCAGUGAGUCUAAACCCAUAAAUGAGCAUCACAUCAGCCCCAUUAACUCAGCUGUAACUGUCUGAACUGGAGAUAUUUGCUUCAGCUGGACGUUAAAUCUAUUUUCAGGUGAAUGUUCAGAGGGUUAGAAAUAAGCUGAAUAAGAAAUAACUCUGAGGUCCAGACACCAUGUUCAGACGCCUUAAAUGAAAGCUGCUGUACUCCUUAAGGCACGGUGUACUUGUUUACAGGACUUCACUGCUGCUUUGUUGAAUGACAGUUGAAGGUAUUUGUUUUCUGUGUAGCUACAUUAUGCAACUUUCCUCUUAAAUGCAGGCUGAGCUCUUUAAAAUGCAGCCCAAAGCUUUGUGACUCAUCACGGAGUCCCUGCAGCAGCGAAGACAGCGAAGCAUCGAGCGCUUCAGUUCUUUUGAAUGGAAUUAUCCCAAAUCCUGUAAUAGAGGAGAGAGAUCCCAACAGAGGCAGCCUGAGAUCUUUGGUAUGCAGAUGUAAGCUGACCUUAGAGGAACAAAGAGUCUUAGAGGGAAUCAUCUCUGAUAUUAGCUGUCUCCAGACGGACAAUUUUCAUUAACCUUGAGUGAGCACAGUUCCUGAAGAGAGAAGUCUGCAGGAAGAUCCACUUAAUGCUCAAACAGAAAUGAACACUGGCCUUUUGGAUUUCAUUCAGGGAAGCCUCAGGGGGUUAACGCCAGUGGUUUGGGGUUUGUAGUGUUACUAAGAGACAUCUAGAUAACUAACACUGAAACCAAGUAAGACUUUAGAAAUGAAGCUGGUGUUGUCCAGAUAUCAAAAUGGGACUUAAAAAGGCUGAUAGUCCACAGAUGACAGCAGGUGCUCUCCAGUGUUGAAAUGGAUUUAGUAGGGAGCGGGUUCUAGCCAUUGACCAAUCAGGAGUCAGCAAGCUUUGGAAAAACAGUCUGUAUAAAGAUGUGGUCUGAAACUAUAUGAUGUUUUUCUGUAAACACUCAAAGCCUGUUAAAAAGGAAAAUUAUCCAAGCUGUAGACUAAAAGUAUAAACCCAGGAUAUCUAUCUUGUUGAAGCAGCAAAAAAGGAGAACUUUUCACUGAACUUGGACUUGGUUCUUUUUAGAUUUACACACAGGGGAACAGAGGAGUUUGUGUUUGUCUGUGAUUCUUCCACUCUUGUACUUGAAACUUCGAGUACAAACCCUUGGUGAAGAUCUGUGGAGGUUUGAUUGUUAAUGCUGGAGGUGCAGGAUGUGGAGACUCUCAGUUUGGCCUGUGAUGAUGCACAGAGACGUCUCAGUGGACUGUGUCGGCACUGAUUUCAUCUCCAUCCUCCUUAAAUCACCUUCGAUCAUGGACACUUGGAGUUUACUCAGAGCCUUCACACUGAUGACAGGAAAUACUGACCACUAAUUUAAGUACAGCUGGGUAUUAAUGAACUCUGGGAGAGUAUAAUGUUUACUCCUUGACUGACCUGAAACACUCUGAUGUGUCUCUAACCCUUUUCAAACACUGCUGUUGAACUGCAUAUGUAAGCAAAGACUGUGCAUGCUCAAUCUCUAUGUGCUGCUGAUGAUUGUUGUGUAACUCUGAAUCUGUACACCCAAACUUCUCACUGUGAUACUACGGCAACAUUUCUGUUGUCUUUCAUGCUGAUUGAUGGACUCUGUCGUAUCCAGCUGCUGGAUUUAUAUCUGGGUAUGAUGAGACUUUUAGAGUAUUAAUUCAAAGCCGCAGAAAGGUGUGAUACAGUUAAGAUAACAAUAUUAAAUGCAUCAAAUCUGACGUCCUUUUGGAGUGUGCAUGUUCUUAACAGGCUGAAGGUUGAUGGUGGAAGUUCCUUCUUGCUUUGCAUGACUUUGAUGAUGAAGUUUGAGUCCAUGUGGUGUGCACAUUUCUUUAUUUUCUCCCCUGUGAAACUGGUUCAUCUGAAAGGUUUUAUAAGAGCAGAUCUCACCAGUAUCAGUUGGUGGACUAUGAUUUUGAAUCCUCACCUGGUUUCAUUACCUCCGCCAAGGAGGUUAUGUUUUCGGUAGCAUUGGUUUGUUUGUUGGUUUGUCUGUGAACAACUUUACGGAGAAAGUAAAAGACAGAUUGACCUGAAAUUUUCACCAGAGGUGCGUCUCAGCCCCAGGACGAUCCCAUUCAAUUUUGGUGGCGAUCCGGAUCGCUUUCUGGAUCCAGGAAUUUUUUUAAGGAUUCUUUAUCAUUGUGAGAUAGGGUAAAUUUUGGAAUUUUUGCAUUUAACUCUUUAAAAAUGGCCAGAGUCUUUAGUAAAAAAUUACACAAAAGGAUCUCAAUGAGUUUUAUGAGGUGUCAAAGGUUGAUCCUGAUCCAGACAAAAUUCUGGAUACUGUGAUCCAGAACACACAAAAAUAAGGGUGUCGUUGGAAUUUUCAAUGCUGGAAGAUAACCAAUGGGCGGCACAGUGGUGUAGAUGGGCGGCACAGUGGUGUAGUGGUUAGCACUGUCGCCUCACAGCAAGAAGGUCCUGGGUUUGAAUCCUGGUUAGGGCAUUUCUUGUUUUAGGAACAUAAUGAACAGUGAACAUACCAGUUUAAACACAAAUAAAAGUUAAUAAAAGACACGUAACAGUAAAAGUUUUGGUGUGAAUCACAAUAUAAGGGGGGACAUGAGCUGCUUGGCGGAGGUCUGCGCUCUCCGAUUGCUUUUCUAGUUACAAAUGCAUUACUGCACCUCUGCAGUUGAUCUAAAAGAAGGUAUUUUUCCAUCCUUGGAUUUUGCACCAUUAGAGAAAAUAAAAUUGUCUUUGUGCAGCAACUGUGGCUGAAUCUAAAACCAACUGAGCUCGACGAAGAAUGAGUGGAGGAGUUUGUUUGUUGUUGUUCUGCUCUGACACGCCCUUUACUGAGCCUCAGUGUAUAAAGACAGAUACCCUGACAUCUUCCUGCAGCACAUCUUUACCUUUACUGAAUUUCAUGUUCAAGGUGAUUGUGGACUGCAAGAAUGUCAGAAACACUCCCCUCGUGAAACCUAUAAAAGGUCUGUGCAGGACUCGUUUGAACACCUUGUUCAUCCACUAAGCCUUAGAAAACAUUUACACUGGAUGCUCAGACAGGAGAGAGUGGAUCAGCUUGUUAUUGUUGGAUAACAGAGGUUCAGAUCUGGGCCAAACUUUAACCAGCAUACCUCAGAGGAAACUGUCAGAGACGUGUGGCUGUGUUGGUUUUCUUUUGGCUGACUGUUGCAGGCCGUUGUCAGCUGCUGUUGUUCUCUUCUGUUGUCUGAGCUGCAGCAGUCUGGUUUUUUUAACUCCGGUGAGUCAGGAUGUUGCAGGAGGUUUGAGGUAUGAAUAAUGCUGCCAGAAAUGCCUGUUUUAAUCAACAUUAUAUUGAAUAUCCUACAAUGUAGCUUUUGCAGACACUUUAAAUCCCAAACACGCCAAGGCUGUCUGACAGUGUGUUAUUUCAGUUGCUUUAGGAAACACCUUGAUGAGGAGGAUCUUAGAUCUGGGUCUGGAAAGUCUUGUAUUAUAUACAUAUAUGCAGGUGUAAACUGCAGGUAUUGACCCCUAAUAGACAGUGUAGUAAUUGCUUGAUGCUGGGACCUGUUAUCACGGUCUUUGAUAGCGAUCAGGUUCACCUCUGAAAGGAUUUGUUCUAACACUUGAAGUCUUGUUCGACCCGGUUCUGCAGCAGCUCUGAGGUUGUAUCUCUGAGCGGGGAUUAUCUCCUUCAACUGUAAGUAGAUGAGAGAAGCCGGGAAGGCAGCCAAUGUUUUAGCAGACUGCACCUUUUAAAGAAGUCUCCUAAAUCUCUGUGUGUGUGUUGUUGGUGCUUUGCUAGGUCAGCUGUGCCUGAUUUGUUAAGAGGGUGGCUGAAGAUGCGAAGUUCCUUUACAACACUUGCAGACGGAUAUGAACUCAGAGAAACUCUAACUUGUUUGUAGAUGGUUUUGGAAACAGUCUUUUCUGUCAAAACAGAUGAAGAUCUAACAUCCAGAGGAAGUGUGAAGGAGUAAAAGGUCUUUCUGAUCACCAUGAGAUGUUGAAGACUGUUAAAGCAUUGAGGGAUCAGUCCAAAAGAUCCGGCUGGGCCAGUUUUACUCUGAAGCUGACUGAGAUGCAGAGACCUGCUGCCAUCCAGAUUCAUGCACCUGCGCCUGUAAACCCAUGGGGGUAUUAAAACAGCCUUCAACUAAAGGAAUAUUACACAAAUUACCCAAAAUCUGGAGAUGUUUCUGUCCAGAUAUGAUAAACUACGAAAUAUAGACUAUGGAUGUCCCUGGGCCAUUCAGUACAUAUAUUCAGUAUGGUUCUGGACCAUAACCAGAGAGACUCUCCCUCUGCAAGUACAGACAUGUCUUAUUAAACCAGUUCUUCUGAGGAGAACCUUUUCUUUAUCAUUCAUAGUUACUUAAAUCCUUUCCCCCUAACAUCCCAAUGUUCUUAUAAUGAAACUAACCUAUGAACACAGUCAUUUGAUGCCUGUUUAUAUCAGCGAGUUCAGAUGGAAGAGAGGGGCAGACAAUCUGCAGCAGCAUAAACAAUCUCUGCUGCAAAUGCUGAAAUGAUGCAACUUUAAAAACAUGCAAAAGUCCCAAACAAAUACACCAAAAGGAAAAACCUACAAAGAAGAAAAACUAAAUGCAAAAGCCCAAAAUACUCUGCUAACAGAAAACAUGCUGCAAACAGACUCACAAUGCAAAGUUACAAACACACAAAACUAGAAAAGAGUCGCUUCAGGUAAAUGCUGCAAAUCCAGUCUUCAUAGCAGCAGGGCUCCAGGCCUGUAGGGGGUGCUCAGUGACAUAGUUUCAUUAUUGACAGGACAGAGGAGAAGACCACACAUUUAACCUGUAAUUUAGAGGUAGAAGUGGCACAGUUUAACACUUCAGGUGACGUGUUUAUAAAGCUGUUUGUUUAAUCCACACCAGAUCGUGGUCCUCAGAGGCUCUUCACUCAAAUGGUGUUUAUCAUUAAGCCGUUUAAUUAUUGACAGAUUCAGAGUCUGGACUUCCUCACUUUACCAUAAGCACUCUUUCUUAGCACCCCAACAAGCCUGGAGCACUUUCACAGUGUUCACCUGCUGCAGUUGUUGUUUAAGUGUGUUUUUGUGUGUGUAUUUGCAGCUCUUUGGGCUCUUGGUUGUUUGAUCUCUUGUAUGUGUAUUUGGAAGUGCAGUAUUUCUGCAUCUGUGGGGAUUGUUGAAUCAUCUGCUACAGUCUCUGUCAGUUUGUCAGACCAAAACAAGCUGUUCACUUCAUGCAUCUGAAGCUGCACCGCAAACCUCGUCCUUCUGAUUGCUUCAUGUAAAAUUAACAAGAAUGAAAGUGCGCUGGUGGGCUCAGUAAAAACACCUACAGCAGGAAUCUAUUGACUAAACCUUCAUUAUUCUGCUGUGUCCUCAUGAGGACUAAAGUAAUUAACUCAGUAUGACGUUUUCUCCACAGUGAAAUGAUCUGUCGUGUCAGGACACAGCGCUCUGGUGAUGAUUGUUGGUCCACUCAGCAGGUGCACAUUUGACUCUGACUGACUGUGUGGACAUUUGAUGUUUCCCAUCAUAGAGGAGUGUUAAACUGUUAAUGAGCUGUUAACUGAAGUUCAUAAAGAGAUUCAUUCUUGCUUAAAAUUGCAAAUCCCCUCACGCCCUGAAAUCAUGAACAGAACUGCAGAUCUGACCAAAGGUCGGCCUCAAGUAUCUGGAAACAGCAGUAGAGUUAAUCCAACAGAGGAUCGCUGUGCAGGUGGAUAUUAUACUGAAUAGAAAUAGACUGUUUGAUGGAGAAAGUUCUGGUUCAUGUGCAGCCCUGGGUUUUACUUUGGUUUGUGGUUGGACAGGUAUGAUAAAGUUCAAGUUGCUGACUGAUGUUUGAGGGUCUGUGUCUGACUGUUUGUCUGAUCCCUGCAGUCUCCUGUGCUGAAGACCCAGACAAUCACCAUCUCUGACGUCACCAACUCGCUGAGAGAGAGCGUCAUCUACAAGGAGGUCCCCUUAGUCCACACCGAGACCAAGACCAUCACAUAUGAGUCAGCACAGGUGAGGGGAAUUCUGGGAACUGUGUCUGCAUGAGUUAUCUAGUUUAUCCUGCUAGAUACUCCCGUCUGGCAUGAAACACAGACAGGAUUGUUUGCUGACUUGACAUCUUGACCAUCAACCGUUGCAGAUUGAUGGUCAUAUUUUUACUCUCAACUCUGUGAUUCCAUCUGUUUUCCACAUCACAGGGCCCGGGGUUUUUGUACUGAUGCAGAUGAAGAGAUUAGUUACAGGUUUGUGAUUCUAGCAGGUGUCUGAUUGAGGCCACGCCCUCUAGAGACUCAGACACUUAAAGACAAACAGGCUUUGUUUCAGAUGUUUUUGAACUGGGUCUUCAAAUACACAGAAAUGUACAAAAAUAUUCUUGAACUGUUUGAUUCUGCAGGUAUCAAUCAGUCAGAGGUUCUUGUCUAACACUUAAAAGGUUUCUCUCCCACAGCCGGUGGACACCCUGGCAGAGAGGGACUCAGGAGUGCUGCUGAGUGCCCAGACCAUCACCUCAGAGACCGUCAGCACCACCACCACCACCCAGAUCACCAAGGUCUGUUUACUGCACCACAGCACCACAAGUCGAUACAGAUCAAUACAGUAAAUUACUCCCACGCUGUGAUUUAUCUCUGCUGUCAAUCACUGCGAGAAAGAGGUGAUGUUGAACUCACAGACUCUUUAAAAACCCUCAAGAAGGAGACGGGAACACUUUAUCUCAUAAAAAACUUGACCUCUGGGUUUUGAGAUGUUCAGUGUUUAAAAUAGAUUAAAAUCACAGACUCCAGAUGAAAUAUCCAUCUGUGUCUCCGGACAUGAAGAGAAACCUGAAACCUGAAAUUGUAGCUUUUGCGAAACUGAGAAUCCACAUUUUCCAAAUCAUGCAUGUGCAAAUUCUGUUGUCCACUUUCAUGUGAGGAACAAGAUAAUAAAUAAUAAUGCCUCUCUGUUCCUCCGAUUUUCACGGCAUUACAUCCGAGGCGGCGAACAGAGCCGAAAGGACCAACCAAAGUCCUUACUUGAACCUUAGUCAGCUAGUUUAUCUGUCUGCGGCAGCCUUAGUCAUCAGUCAGCGCUGACUCUGUCCUCGGUGUUAGCUGGGAUUGAAAUUUCUCUGGGUGAUGGUUUCUCUGCAUUGUCCAUCAUGGUUUCACUAUCAGCAGCUCUGCUCGUCUGUCUGAACGCUUCUCUGUAGUGUCUGCGCUCUGCAGCCUGUAAGAUAAGACAGUGAUUGGUCGUAUAAGCUGUGUCACCAGUUUCAGUCUACUGAAAGUAAAACAAUGAACCAGGACAAAAGGAUCAGUGUGUUUUAAAUGUAGUUCUGGGUCAAACCACAAACCCAGACUCAUUUACAGACUUUCAGAUAUCUACCAUUAUCCGAGUUUCAAACUAAGGAUCAGGAUUUGGAGUUGAGCUUCUGUUGCACUCUGAAGACAGUUUUAUAGUUAUAAUUGAAUAAUAAUAACCAGGUUGUAGGGCCUCAUUAUUUGUGGAUUGGAGGGUUCAGAUGUGUUUAUUAUGGUGUCAUCUGUGCAUAAUUAGGUGUUGCAAUCAGGAAAAGUUAGAGGAAGAUAAAACUGAGAAGAGAAGUGGUCCUAAGAUGGAGCCUUGUGGAACACCUCUCAUUUAAUUAAUCAAAUCUGAUUCCACUUAAAACAACGUUUCUCUCUGUUAUACAAGGUUACAGUGCAGCCAGUUUCAUUAUAUUGCAUGUGUGAUUUGAAACUCAUAAAUAAAGCAUGACUUUUCUUGAGCAACUCAAACAUGUCGUGCACACACCCUACUUGGACCUGUUGUAGCUCCCCUGUGAGGAAGUGUCUCCCUGAUAAAGUUGACCUGGUCUUCUGUCAGAGAGCUGGUGCCGGAUGAUUUCAGCUGCUUAUGUUUGUGUUGUGUUUGUUUCAGACGGUGAAAGGAGGAAUCUCUGAGACUCGCAUCGAGAAGAGAAUCGUCAUCACUGGAGACACUGAGAUCGAUCACGACAAGGUGAGGAACCCUGAAACCCGAUCAAGUGAUCGCAGAGCAGUUUUUAUGUGUAUAUGUGCGUUGGUCACGGAUGCACCUGAUUGGUGCAGAUGGAGUUAUCUGAAUAAUUUGCUCCUUGGAGCCUCAUUGUUUUCUCUCAUCAAGUGAAUCUGCUCAGUAUGAGAGUCAUUUAAUUAAACUCAUUAAUCACGCUCCUCUAAAUGGGCCCGCGCUGCUGUUGUCUCCAGGCUUUGGCUCGAGCGAUUAAAGAGGCCAAGGAGCAGCACCCCGACAUGUCUGUGACCAAAGUGGUGGUGCACCAGGAAACGGAGAUCACCCCCGAGUGA